AUGUCUCAGGACAGUCAACAUGGCAAGUGGACCGUCUCCAGCAGCGACGAUGAUGAUGAUGAUGCCCUUCCCCCCUCUGGGACUUCAUCCUCCAAGCCCAACCCUCCUGUCCAGAGUAAUAACUCCUUUCAGCCUGAUCCUCCUCCUCGUCCCAAACUGGAGCCCGAAAGUGCCUCCGUAGAGUUAAAACCCGAGCCAGAUAACACCCCCGUGACCUCACCUGUUAUUGGCUCAGAGGCCAGGCAGUCUGCAGCAGUGAACCAGUUAAAGCCAAUGAAAUAUGAAAAAAGUCCAUCAUUAGCUGGUAAGAGGAAGAAAGAGGUGUCCGAGGGCUCGGGCUGGGCACUGUCAGACAGUGAUGAUGAGGAAAAUGUGAAGAGGAAGAGUCCCAUUAACCCGCCAAAAAAAGAAGCUCCUAGCCCAAAAUCAAAGAAAGCGAAGGUGGAGAGCGAACGUCCACCAAGUCCUCAUGGCCGGGUAUACUACAUUGAUGAGCCUGAGGACUUCUUUGAAUCCAGUAUUCCUUGUUUCAAUGACCCCUAUAGGUUCUACCUCAAUAAAGUGACAGGCCUGGACAGAAAGUACAACACUGGAGCGCUGCACAUCAGAGGUGAGGGCAGUUAAAUAAAGUUACAUAUGAUGCAGAUGUAUAUUUAUCUAUUCAUUUGUUCUUUAUUUGAGCAGCAGGGGGAGUCAGAGCAGAGCCCUGAUUAUCUGACCUUGUUUUUCUUCUCAUAAGAGCUCAAUCAGGGGUUUCUGUAAACGUCACCUCUGCUGUUAGAGCUGAGAUAUUAAUGAUCUCUGCUGAGCUCAGGUGUGUAAUCCUGUAAGAGCAAAAGGAUGUUGUCUAUUCAAUUUGUGUCAUAAAUAUGGUUGAAUUAACUAUUCCAUUUGCACUAAAGUGUGGCUGUGUAUCCAUUAAAACAUAAAGCUCCUGUGAGCAAAUGUCUGUUUGUUUCAAUAUUAGCAGGAAUUUGUAUCUUACAUGUUUGUUUACCUUUUCUUGUAAAUGUGCAAGUCAUAAAAGUGCAUCACUGUCAUUGUCAAUCUGUUUCUGAACAUCCUUUGUGCUUUGAACACAGCAUCCUUUAAACAGACAGUGUGUAGAAAGGUGAACAUUUGGUGGUGUGUGGUGGUCAGAUUCCAGAUUAAAGCACUCCUUUGCACACCCCUCCUGUCAGUGAUGGUGGCCUUGGGCCCCAAUAAGCUUCUGUAUUCUAUGAUAAAUGUGAUACGUAAACGUUCAAGUUUCAACAUCAGAAACUUCUAUAUAUUUAUCAUAUUCAACAUCAGACACUUCAAGUUCUUUUGCACAGAACAACAACAACCACUCCUCCUCCUCCAGCUGGUGCAUUUUAUGUGACCACUCAAUGAAUACAAAAAUGCGUAUGGUACUGGUUUGUCUAUUCUAUUUCACUGAAGAAACAUGGCUGUGCUGGAUGGAGACCUGUAUGAAGGAGAUUUGUUCCUAUAAUGAUUAUUUUAAGUUAAACAAACAAAAAAUUGUAUAUUUAGGUGAUUAUACAGUAGUUGAACAUGUCAAAGGACAUUGUACUCAGUUUUGUGCCUAGUCUGUUCUGCUGAAUGCUGUAAAUUGUUGAUACAUCUUUACCUUUUUCUUUUAUUUAGAUAUUCUCUCUCCAUUAUUUGGGACCCUGAAAGAGUCUGUUCAGGUAUGUAAAGAUAUCUUUUUUUCAGUUUCAGCAGCCCAACUCUUGUGUUGGCAUUCAUGGUCCAUAAGUUAGUUGUCCUGCUAAGUACUUUGGUUCAAAGUGUAAUGUAUCAGCAGUUAAAGCAUGAACUAAUGCCAAACAGUGGAAAAAAUGUGUUCCUUUAAAUUUGGACUUGUACAUCACAGACCCAAUUAGCUGAUCAGUGUGCUGCAGGUGGAGGAGCAUGUAACUAUGUGCCACACCUGUGGAUGGGACACAAAUAAACUUACUGACAGCAAAGUAAAGCGAUGAAAACUCCAACAGAAAACCUGCGGGUGAUAAACUGUUUUUUGACAAGUACCUCAUAUAACCCCACUUGAAAAAACAAACUGUCACCUUGUGAGCUUUCUGUGGCAUCUGAAGUAUUUCCCCUGCUAAAGCACAGGCAUGCAAGAGUUUUCAUUGUGAGCAUUAUUUAUGUCUGUUUAGCAGCUAAAGAGAAGCAACACUAUAGUUUGACUUCCUCUCAUCUUAGUUCAGCAUCAGGGACUGGCUCACAGACACCAGUGCACUCUCUGUCCUCACAGUUUAACUACUGCUUUGAUAUCGCCUGGAUGGUGAAGCAGUACCCACCAGAGUUUAGGUGAGUGCUGCCUCUUAUUUCCUACUAUUUAUUUAUCAUGAACUUCCAAACAAAUCAGAUUCGUUGGAGUCUGCGUUUUACAGGUAACAGCUCCUUUUUUCUCAUAAUAUUAUGUUCUCCUAGCUCUUCUGUCUUUUCAUCAUGGUUCUACAAAAAAAACAAUACUUUCCAGAAUGUUAUGUUGGUUUCAAGUCAUUUUUAUGAACCCGUUUAACCCUCUUAUUCUAAAGCCUUGAUCCUGAUCGGUCAGAAGCCCAUGACAAUAUCAAAUCACAAUGAGACUUUAAACUCCCAAAUAAUCAGCAUAAUCAUCCUCCUCUGUUUUCUGGUCUUGUUUCAAGGGAUUGUCCAGUUUUAAUCGUGCAUGGAGAUAAGAGGGAGGCCAAGGCCCGGCUGGUGCAGCAGGCUCAGCCUUUCCCACAUAUUCGAUUCUGCCAGGUACACACUCGCCAACAAAGGCUGCAGUUGUUGAAGCAACCUUUUAUUCCAAGUUGCUUUUUGUCAUCUGCAGAUGACAUAAACUCGAGGAUUUUCCUGGGCUCACAGGUGUGUGUGUGUGUGUGUUUUUUGUCUUGCCAGGCUAAACUGGAUAUUGCUUUUGGGACUCACCACACGUAAGCGUCUUUUUAUUGUCUACAUGUUAUUUAUUCACAAAGCACUCCUACACUUAAAGGACAAGUAAAUCAAAGUCUGUGAAUCCCUGAGUGUGCUGCCCUCUUGUAGGAAGAUGAUGUUGUUGUGGUAUGAGGAAGGCUUCAGAGUCGUCAUUCUGACCUCUAACCUCAUCAGAGCUGACUGGUACCAGAAAACGCAGGGGUGAGUCUGUCUGUCCUGUAACAUCACUUUAACUUAACUGAGAACAGGUUCAUGCAGUCACAUCGAACAAAGAAGAGAUGUCCAGUAGAUAGUGAUGACUUUGUACUCAAACCAGGAUGUGGAUGAGCCCUCUGUUUCCACGGUUACCGAAAGGCAGUAGUGUGAGUGCAGGUGAGUCACCUACCUUUUUUAAGAGGGACCUGCUGGAGUACCUUUCAUCAUACAGAGCGCCAGAACUGGAGGAGUGGAUCCAACGCAUCAAAGAGCACGACCUCUCAGAGACCAGGUAAACAUGAGACACGCACUUGAGCACAUACUGGAUCAUUUCACACAGACUGACCUGGUUACAGAUAAGAGAAGCUAUACUAAAGAAAAGGAAAUACAAUAACAAUUGUAAUGUUAAAACAUCAAUUAAAGACAGAAAAUCUGAAUGCAGCUUGCUAACAACUAACUAAUACCAGUACCUUUCAUCAUCAGGGUUUAUUUGGUUGGCUCAACACCAGGGAGAUAUGUGGGUCCUGACAUGGAGCGCUGGGGUCACCUGAGGUUGAGAAAGGUCAAAGUUAACUCUCUGCCAUGUCAAAAGCUAUGAUUCCGUUUACAAGAAUAAGAGACUAUAUUUCUUAUGCUGUACAACAAUUACAGCAGUUUAGAAAUUUGUAAGAAAUGAUAGUCAGCACUUAAGUAUUAAACUGUUUCUCCUCUACCUCUUAUUUUUACCAGCUGUUGUUCGACCACACAGAUCCUGUCCCGGAUGCGGAGAGGUGGCCUGUGAUUGGUCAGUUCUCUAGUAUUGGCUCAAUGGGGGUGGAUAAGACCAAAUGGUUGACAGGGGAGUUUCAGCGCACCAUGACCACACUGGGGAAGUCAUCUUUUCGCCCUGACCCUCCCAUGCACCUGGUAUAACUCUGCAACAAAAACUUCUCAGUGUCUGACAUCAGUGUAGUUUUUCUUAUAAGUUAAUACUGUUACCUAAAAGAUAACCUUUAAAGCAUGUCACUUAUGUGUGAAUGUGUUGCAGCUGUAUCCAUCAGUUGAAGAUGUGAGGACUAGUUUAGAGGGUUACCCUGGUGAGUAAAGGAUUCAUUUGUAAAAAUUUCAUUUAUUUCACAGUCAAAAACAUCCUCUCCUAACAAAUAAAGGUACUGAAUAAAGGUUUAUUUUGUCCCCAGUAUGAAUAGUGUGGCAUUUGUAGUUUAAUAAUGCCCCGGAGCAUUAGUGUGUGAUUGAUGUGGAUUUUUCUGUGACUGCUAUGUUGUUUUUUUUGCAGCGGGAGGCUCUCUUCCAUACAGCAUCCAAACGGCCCAGAAACAACUCUGGCUCCACUCCUACUUCCAGUAAGUUCACUCUUUAACUGAUCCAAGUUUGGCCUCGAUAUACUCAUAAUACUGUAUAAAAACAACUAACUAAGUCACAGGAGUUUCCCAGUCUAUCUUCAUUUUUUCCAUUCAGUAAAUAGUAAUGUAUUCAUUUAUUACCAUAAAUAAAUGUACCUGUUCACACUGUUAAUGUUCUUAGAUGUAUUUGUUUCUGAGAUACUGUAAGAAGGGGCUUUUUCAUAGAUUUAAAGUUUACUAAGUUUGAGGUAUUUACUUUUUUAACGUUGUGCUCAUGCAGCCGUUGGAAGGCAGAUACGACAGGAAGGAGUCAUGCCAUGCCACACAUCAAGACGUACAUGAGAGCAUCACCAGAUUUUACUCAGCUCGCCUGGUUCCUCAUUACAAGGUGAGUACAAUGUUGAGAGGGUCACACUGCAGGGGAAAAGGGUACUGGGCCCUAAUGUUAGAGCAGCAGUGCAGUCUAGUAUGAAAAAAAAAUCAUAUCUGCAGACUCAAAAGGCCCAAAUGGGGGUCUACAAAGAGCCUCGAGCAUCAACACUAAAUCCCAUGAGGGAAAGCUGGGUUUAAACAAAGACCUCAGCCUGCUGACUCCCUUCAGGAAGGGUAUAGCAGGAGGGUGAUUGCCUGGCAUCACUCCAUCAAACCAAGAUAGCAUGCAGAUAUAGUCAUCAAAAAGACCCUAAUUGUUGAGAAAGAGGGACGCUUAUCCAGCAGCUCCUGAAGGAAUGUUAAAACAUCUACAAUAGAGCACUGAAAUGGGGGUACAUUUCAGUCCUGACACCACUGCUCAAAUGCCCGCCAUUUGUUGGCAUAUAAGCCUCUAGUACAGGGGUGGGCAAUCAUGUGCCAUUGAGGGCCGAGAGGCUACAGGUUUUCUUUCCAACCCAAAACUCCACCAGGUGAUUUCACAGAUUAUCUUACCUCCAAGCAGAGAGCAGGGACUAAUCAGUGAAACCACCUGGUGGAGUUUUGGGUUGGAAAGAAAACCUGCAGCCUCUCGGCCCGCCAUGGCACAUGAUUGCCCACCCCUGCCUAGUAGAUGAUACCCUUGCACUCUGGUUCGUUGCCACUACAUUUGGAGGCAGACCACCGUCGUGUUUUCCGUCCUGAUUAGAACAUGUUGGUCUAUCAGAACAGAAUGCUAAUAUCUCCAGGUGGUUGAUGUGGAGCCUGCAUUGUGCUGGCGUCCACACCCCUCUCACUGCUGUGCCCUCGCACAGAGCCCUCCAACCCCUCAGAGAUUCGUCUGUGGAUACAACCUUGUGAAAAGACACCCACCCUAUAGGGGACCCUUGUUGUAGAAAACUGGGUUCCAUCCACGGGAGAUGAGCCAGCACGCACAGCAGAGUUAUCAUCAGCCUGCUCUGGCGGUGACGUGGCAUGCACAGUCUGUGAGCUUAAGUCCAGCAUUUAAAUGUUCCCAUCUUCAUCAGCUCAAGCGGCACUACAGCGAUCAUAGAUGCAGUUUGGGCAAGGCAGCAGUGAAACGCAGGCACCCUCUGCGCUGACAGGAGUGCUCGACUCCAAAGCAAGCACAAUUCCAGCCCAAGGAAAGAAAACUGUUGACUCGGGGUUAGUGAACUUUCAGUAGAUUUACUGAAAAGCCCAGCAUUUGGCUCUGGAGCUCGCAGAAAGAGUCCAACUGGCCAGAUAGGGUUAUAUGCAAAUACCUUAUUCAUUACUUUAAGGAGAGUUGCAACUGAGAUCAAUACUGAGUGUAGCAAUAUGAAUUUAUAAUAAAUUUCUUAAGAUUAUUAUUUGAUAAUAAUCUUGAUUUAUGACAUUUAUGCACUCGUUAAAAGGGGCACCAGUGAGUAGUGAGUGAAUAUGCUCAAACAUAUUAACCUACAUUAACUUUGGUGUCAAGAUAAAUUUGGAUGUGGUUAUCUGAAUUGAAUGCAUUAGACAGCAUAAACCCUGUUUGGAGCUCUGGGGGUUUGGAUACUUAAGUGAGGCUGGUCCUUGGAGAAGAUAGAGCAGGUUCCGAAGGUCCAGGCUACCGGUUCGAGAGGUUCAGCUCUGAAGAGGACCAAAGUCAGACGAAGGACAGGCCAGGAGUCACAGCACACAGGCCUGAAUGCAAAAAACAAUGCCCUAUGGUUCCUGUGGUCUCACUGCAAUACUCUGGUUCAGAGGAUGACUUUGGGCCUGCUGGGUGGCGUUCAGAGGUGACUUGUCAAUCACGCAGAUAACCAAGAAAAAGAGGCUCGAUGACCAGUUGAAACUAUUUCAAAAAUGGCUUUGCAAAAUUAAAGAAAAAUCAAUUAAAGGCUUAAUCUUGGAUUGCUAUGUGCACAAAAAGUUAAAGUUUCACAACUUGAACUAAGACGAUGUUAAAGAAAAAUCAACAUGAAUGAACACGUGGUGGAAAACUUAAAAGACUAAGGAAAAAAUUAAGACAAAGAAAAAACAAGCUAAGAGGGAACUUAGCAGAAAAAAGGAAAAACAAGGGUGUGAAGAGCAAAAGGCAAGAGAGAAGAAAAACAAGAGAGACGUAAGAGAGGGCGAGCACCCCAGCUUUACUGGUUUUAUACUCUUCAAACUGGGGGUGUCUCUGAGGUGUGAGGAGAGAAAGGAGGGGGUCCUGAUCCCCAGCUGCAGCUUACAGAGAGGAGACUUUUAAGAGCCCUGAUUGUUUGAUCCAACUUAUACUUUGGCCAGUAAAGGAGUCAGAUCAAAUAUUCACUCUAACCUGUAAUUGGACUAGUUGUAGUUAUUCUCUUUGGAUUGUACUCACAGAGAGAAUGGGAAAGAUCAACCAAAGUUAGGAUUUAUGGUUGAGCUGAUAAACCUGACGCUUCCCAGCCAAGGUGUGAUGACAGAUGUUUAUCUGAUCGAGUGGCCCUGCAGUUCUUUCCUGCUGGCCAUAAACAGUGUCUUUGUCUCUUUGAAGUAGAAAGGAUAGAAAGUUUGUGUUUUGGGAAGGCUUCUUUAGUUAUCUUGUAUAGGGACAGGAGGUUGUAGAAGGAUUGUGAUUUGGUGUUAAAGGUUUACACCAUCUUGUCUCCGGUGAGCAGAUAUUAUUACUAUUUAUAUUACUUAUGUAUUACUUAUAUUAUUUUGGGGGGUUGGGAUGAGAAACUGGUCGUCUCUGUUACAUGAGUGUCAUGGCAAAGGCUGUAAAUACUUAUGUAUAUGUUAUAUUUUAGUUUUUUAUUUUUCAUAAACUUGCAAAAGUUUCAAACAAACUUUUUUCACUUUGUCAUUUUGAGGUAUUGUGUGUCGAAUUUAAAGGCGAAACAUGAAUUUGGAAUAAGGCUGUAACACAAGAAAAUGUGAAAAAAGUGUAGCUCUGUGAAUACAGAUGCACUGUAAAAAUAUUUCCACCAUAAAUUGUGGCUUAAAAAUAGGGCUACUAAUAUUAAAUGAUCAGUCAAUACUACUUGUUUAUGAGACAGUCAUCAGUCUGUGUCACUGCAGUUAAGACUGCAGCUUAAAUUUGACAAAACAAGAGUUAUACGGAGCCACGCCAGGCGUCAUGAUCAAAAAACCAGAUUUGAACAUAUUACCCUAUCAAUCUGAUUAAACCCCCAUCAAUUAAAAACUUCAAUGAAAAAGUAAAAAAAAAAAACAGAUAAUAUCUAUUCACAUUUUUGCUUGCCAAAGUUUUCAUCCACACAGCUGUAGUUCAAUAAUAAAGCUUUUGUGUUUCAGUGCCAACCUGUCUAAAGCAGCAUGGGGGGCACUGGAGAAGAACAACAGUCAGGUGAUGGUCCGUUCAUACGAGCUGGGAGUCCUCUACCUGCCCUCUGCCUUUGUAAGAGCAUCUCUUAACAUUUUUGUGGUUCCAAACAAGUAAUAGAAAGUUUUCAUAUGUGCUUAAAAACAGUCAAAUCUCUCAUGACAGCAGGGGUUGUGGUUGUGAUGGUUUCUGUCCCCAGAACAUGAAGACUUUCACUGUUUACAAAAACCCCUUUCCGGUCUCCUCCUCCUCCUGCUCUGGUUUUCCUGUGCCCUUUGACUUGCCUCCUACAUGCUACUCUCCUAAAGGUACAAGUGUGUGUGUAUUUAGAUAGAUCAUUUAUGAAAUUAGUUGGUUUUCAGCAUUUGACUCUUGUUUACCUGUGGUGCAUGGGUCGACCAGUAUUGGUUUGUCAGGGCUAAUACCAUACUGAUUAUUAUGCGUUCAUUAGAGAUAGAAUAGAUAUAUUGUGGGUGGGACAUUAGGAGGGAAAGACACACCAGCUAUCACUCUUUUUGAUUAAUUAACUUGACCAGCCUUUGGUAAAAUUAAAGGCAGAUGCAGAUAAUAAUCCAAAUACUGGAAAUCUGCCCCAGUGAUCGUCCAAGUUGGUGUUAAAUGUAAAUGUAUUCUUGGCAGAUUUUUAAUUUUUCCAGCCACACCCCUUCAACAUCCUUAGUACACCUCUGGUCUCAUUUUUCAAUUCUGAAGUUGUUGCUUUGUAAAUUUUUCCUGCAGCUGGUGUUAGUGCAGAUAGAGUGAUAUCUUGUGUUUUUUGGAGGGGUAUUUUACAGCAUAAACACCCCCGAAACCAAAACUAAAAUCCAUAUUCCACAGAGCGCAUUCCGUCAGCACUGCGUGUCACACAGAAAAUAGGUUGCCAUUCUUAUCAGUGCAGCAUCACAUACAGGAUGCACAUCAGCUCCAUCUUUUCUCUGUCCCAGAAGUGUGUGGAUGCGCUGCUCUGAAAAAGUUACGCACAGUCGAUUUUCUCUGCUUUACGCUUCCAGCACACGUCACUCUACACAGGGAAGAUUAUUCUAGACAGGAGGUGAAGCAUGGAAAACACACCUUCUUCUGGUAAAUUUCAAAAUAAAACACUACAUGCGAACUCCCGACUGUAGAUGAGAAAGAUUUAUCAGUAACACAGAACAAUCCAGUAGUCAAUCCCUGAUUCACGUGGACCUCAACAGGACUUUUAACUGCUAACUCUGUCUGAAGGUAACAGCACAGCAUCAAGGAACAUAGUUAACUUUAUUAAACACGAGUAAACCUGCAAAAAUCGAAAUUGUUAAGUCACGUUGCUUUUUCACAUACAGUAGAAGCUCAAUAGCCACUGAAUUAUAUCCAAAUUAGUAGGAAAUCGACCACAGAAAGGCAAAAUAACCUGUUGUGAGCAUGUUGUUUCCUCUAUACUGAUGGCCCAGCAGCUGCACUCCUAAACACGGAUCCUGUAGGCUAUGAAGUGUGCUGCCCAAUGGAGCAGAGACGCCACAAAGUACAAAGGCAUUUAACAUUGAUGCUGUGGAUAAUGGGCUGAAGUGACUGUUUUUAUCUUAUUUCUUGACCAAAAAUGUCUCAUUAGACUUGAAUACAAGUAACAUUCAAGAUAUUACAAAGCAAAAAUAAGACGUGAAUUCGAAAAGAAGCUGUUUUUGGGGCACAAAACUAUUUCCUUUCACAUUCUUUGAAAUUAGAAGUCCACUUCCUAAAAAGAGCCUAAUUUCUGUAUUCAAAACUUAGGUAAUAGCAAUUCAGGCCUUUUUUUUGCUCAUAAAAUCUUUAGCGAAGAUAUACAUUUGUACUUGUAAUGUAAUGUAAUAAAUAGCUGUAACUAAGUUGGAUAUGAUUUUUUUUUUUUUUACUUAAAUAAGACAAGACACUUAAUUAGGUAGAGAUUUAGUUCAUGAGAUACCUCUGACAUCUGAAUGUGUGACUGCAGCAUGUUUUUCCACUCUGUGAGGUUAAGAUGACUCUGCUGCAGACAGAAAUGUGUCCAUGUGUCCUAUGUAAUGCUCUGUUUAUAUAUGUUAAGUCAGGUUUCAUUUUACCCUCUCCUUGUCUUUCUUUAUUCUCAGAUCAGCCCUGGAUCUGGAACAUACCGUACAGCCAAGCUCCUGACACACACGGCAACAUCUGGGUUCCCUCCUGAACACACUCACACACACACACACACACACACACACACACACACACACACACACACACACACACACACACACACACACACACACACACCUGUUAUUAUACUACAUAAAGCCUGCUGUUUUGUAGCUGUCAGUGAUAUGUCUAGAUGUUAGUUGUCAGUAGCAUAUAUUUUUAUAUUUUACACCAAACUGUAAGCUCAUGUUUUCUACUAAUAAAUUGGCUAAAAAUACUAGUAUUCAGUUGUGAUGUCUGUUUUUCUUGUAAAUUUUGCAGCAGGAUUUCAACUCAAAAGGGCACCCUUCAUUAGUUCGGGUUAAACAUGAAAAAGAUCCAAUCGUGCAAAACAGUAAUAGAAUAAUGAAGGAACAACUACAUAAAAGUGGAAUCAACAUCAUAUUUUGCAUCCUCUUUUAUAAGACUUUUUUCUUUUAGCUUUACUGAAAUAUCAGAGGUAAAAGACUAAAUAUCCUUAAAUGUGCUAAAACAUGAAGUCAGAUCAGCUAAAUCUAGCAGAUUCAGCCUCUUAUGAGAUCCAGGAUUCUCUAGUGAUCCACUUCUGCAAAUCCAAAGACCUUGCACAGCAGAUUUUGUCAUUAUUCUAUAUAUGCUGAGUCAGAAGUAGGUGUUUUCUUCCUGAAUAUCAUCCUGCACUCAGUUUUCCUAAAAGAAAAAGGAUUUAACCCAAAGGAGGGUGCAUCUUUAAGAAACAGGUUCAGGACAUGCAAAAACCAAAAUACUGCCCCAUUAGCAGUUAAACCAUUUUCCCCUCAUACAGCUAUGGAGCUCUGUAAUCAGGACUGACAAUACUGAAGGUUUUCUAAUCUAUCAGGUAGAUAAUUGUAUUCCCGUGCUUCUUCUGGUGUUAAUUAGUCACUGAUUAGUCUGCUGGAAGGCAAACAAGCAGGAGUCUGUGUAAUGAACACAAGAAGCACUGAUUGAUGGAAGAGCCAUGCCUGAGUUUCUUCUGUUUCUGACACAUCAGGGACACUAAAGGGGGAAAAAAAUGUUGUCACAAAUAAAAGGACUUAAUUAACAUGGCCUUGUGGAAGGAAAUGACUGCCUUAUUUUCUGGACUUGUUUCCAACCAUUAUACAAAAUGUCUUGGAACUUUUUUUUAAAGACACAGGGGCAGCAUUUAAGUUAUCAGUGUAAAUAUCCUUAAAUCACUUUAUGGUGCUGAGGUCAAGCUCUAAACUGUUACGGACAAUGAUCUUGGCUGCUUACUUGAUUCUUUGCACACCACUGAUUGCAAACAUAACAUUCUCAAGGGUCUGAAAAGUUUAUCACAACACAAAAUGAAUGAAAACAAAAAAAAAAACUCUAUUACAAAUUACUCAAAGUCUGUGGCAUCAUAUUGUGUCCACUUCAGUCCAUGUCUGCGCUGUGCAGCUCUUUAAAAUCUGGGCUUUUCGAAGAAGACAGUGGCAUUUUUAUUUUACAGUUCACAGCUUUAGAUCUUGUAUUUUUCCAACACAUUUAACUCAAAAGGGAGUAACCAAAACUCAAAUGCAUUUUCUUCACUCUUUGUUUUUAACUGAUAUUUUUAUGACAUUAUAAAACCAAAUAAAAUUCAAAACCCUGACAUUUCUGUUCAACAGUGUUGGUGCCUAUAUCGGACAGUGGUCUUUGCUCAUCUCCCCUUUCCACCCCACAUGUUGCUGGUCUUGUCUGCUCUUGGAUGUCAUGAAAAAGUUGAGAGUAUUAUGAAGAAUAUGGUUUCAGAGGCAUGUGGUGUUUUUCUUCAAAGCCAAAUGUGUUUUUGAAUUUGUUAUGGCUUGUAUGUGUUUGUGACUGAACAGCUGAGACUUAAGCCAGGAAAAGAGAUUUGUGAUCUUAAUGGGACUUCUGGGUUAUAUAAAGGUUAACUGAAUAAAUAAAUGAAAAAGCAAAAAAUAGAUUUAAAAAAUCCUUACGGGAGAUUUAAGACAACAUUCAGAUACAACUGCUCGAGCACACUCAUGCAUGAGGGGACAGUAAACCAAACAACAACAAAAAAAGUAUUUUUAAUUGUGUUAAACCCCCAAAAGCAUACAUGUGAUAAAUAACAUGCCAUUCACAUUCAAAUCUUCUAAAAUGGAAGUAAGCUAAAAACAAUAAAUGUAGGAAUACAAAUGCUGUCAAAAUUAGCACUUGUUGCUUACACAAACUAUUUUUUUUUUUUUUGCCAGAGAAAUUAAUUAACUAGCUAACCUAGUGACAGCAAGAUGAUUAUAUUUACAGUAGCUGAAAAGUGAAAUAAGUACUUAAAUGUGCUUUAGACUGAACACUCAGCCACGUCCCCUCCAGCUGAACGAGUGAAAAGAAAGAGUGGACCAAUGCAGGGCUUCAAAAGUCAACAGCUGUUAGUCCUAAAUAAUUUCGAAGGCAUUUUUUGUUAUUUUAUUUAUGUGUUUUUGUGUUUGUAUUUACAUUUUGUAUGUAGUAUCAUUUCAAAGACCAAUGCAUUGUUUUUGAACAUAUCAAGCACAAGUUGUUGCCCUCUGAAGCAAAUGCAUAAACCUAGUCAGUCUACCCGAAUACAUUAGCACAUUAUUUACUGAAAUCUGCACAAGAUCAAUGAAAACACUGAUGACACAAAUUGUGUACAUUUUGCUUUUAUGUACAAAAUUUAUGUUCAAAUUUUGAAGUAUUUGUUCUUAAUUUUUCCAAUUGGAUAACCUAAACCAGUUUGCUAACACCAUGCCCUUUAGUAGAACAGUUUCAAUGCAUUAAGGAAAGAGUGUGUAUUAAUAUUGACUUUCACCUCACCUUUCUUUGUUACAUAUAAAGUGAUAAUGUCGUCUUGAAGCAUACUGACAUGUUGGGCUAAUGAUACAUUUUUGUGCCAAAGCAUCUCAGGGGAUCUGACUGGCUGGUAUUGGUUAAACCCCUGACGCUGACCAAAAUAGGCCUACCCACUGUGGCUUCACAUGGGAAAGCUGUUGUUCUGUCCUUGGUUUUAUUUUUUGAGUCUUAAAAGAUAACGUUUGGAAGGUUUUAUAGACUAACUUUGUUGGCAUGUUGCUUAUGUAAGUUAAAAAUACACAGAGGACUUUUACACUUAUAGACUAUGUUUGUUGUUAGUUAGAUAUGAUUACAGGAAAGGGUCAUACAAACUUCCCUCCCUUGUGAUUUGAUUCAUGUCACUCCUGCCAAACUCAGCACCCCGGCCCCCCCACCCCCACCCCAUAAGCUUGGACACGCCCCUGGGUGCACCACUUUAACUGGCUCACAUUCACUGAAUCCUGGCAUUUCUUUAAGUACAGUAAGUUCUGUAAACUGCGUCUCCCGUCGUUCCUUGCGUCAUUGUGUCAACAUGGCGCCCGUCUGCCGGACAAAAGGCGAAUCUGUCUGACGGAGGAUAGAAGCCCAAUUAGAAACAGAGGAGACAUUUUGGGAAAACUGUCAGUGUCUGUGUGUCCCCGUGGUCCAAGGCUGAAGAUAUAUGGUCAAAUAAACAUCAUUGGAGGCUCGUUGACUGGAAUAUUAAGGUAAGUUUAGUCCUGCAGCUGCAACAACUGCUGCCUUCAAACGGUUCUCCCAGCCCGUUUCCUUUUCUGUGCGGCGAUAUCUGAAAACUCCUUAAAAUUUUCGGCAAUGCUGCGUCGUUAGACCCGGCGGUGAAGCCCAGCAGUAGCUUAACUGUUGUGGACGUUUUUAUCCGAUAAAUGAAAAGUCUGCCUUUGAUUCGGCAUGUUCAUGGUCUACUAAGAAACACUCAAUGUAAGACAACAUCAACUUUUCUCGGUGUACUUUGGUUUGAACGGAGAAGCGCAAUGUUUUAGCACAAUGUGGAAAUUAGGGUAAACGACAGGCAAAGCAGUUCAACAUGUACUCUUUAUUGGUUGUAAUAAGUGUUAUUUUUGAUGAAAUAUACGCCGAAUGGAUUUUCCCCCCCUCCUUGUUCGGCAACACCCCCGGGACACCACCUGUCUUGCAUGUCAAUCUUAAUAGGAGCAAAACAAUGUUGAAAUUAACUUUUUUCCAAUAAGAUUUGGCGUGAUCCUUGAUCAUUUUUGUAAGGGCAAACUCUUUGGCGGGUGUUCUUACAUUUUGGAUUACAGCAGUAAAGUCUUUAAGUGGAAGGAACAGCUCCUCUUUUUUUAUGAAGUUCAGCCUCCAAGGAAGUUAAAAAGUUGCCAACUGUAAUUAAAGGACUUUGUCUGUAUGCUCUGCUGGCUCAUGUCAACAGCAGGCUCCAGUGUAUGCCACGACGUCUGGUUAGGAUCAUAGGGAGGUCACCGGGUUCAGAGAUGUGAACACUAUUUAUAUUUAAACUUUUAUUAGAACCAAGCCAUCAGGCGCAGAAAACAUGAAAGAUGUGUGGAAAACAGAUGGAUAAAGGGACACUGAAGUCCAGUGGUUUGUUACGGAGCAACCUUGGAUACAGUGCCACAGCCUGCUGUCAGUUGAUGUUUUUACAGAGUAAUCCUCAAGGGAGAGGUCAGGGGUCAAGUUUAGAUUCACAGCAGCAUUUGAAGCCUUAAGGUGAUCAGUGUAUGCCUCAAGGACACUUCAGGGUUGUGUGAACUGGAGGAGCACAUUUCUUUGGAGGCAGACAGUAUUAUCCUGUGUGUGUGUGUGUGUGUGUGUGUGUGUGUGUGUGUGUGUGUGUGUGUGUGUAUUUACAUGUGUGUUCAUACUUUGUCUUCCCACUGUUGCUGCUCUGCAGAGAUCUCUGAGCUGUGCUAGUCAGCACUAUUUGAUUACUAGUUCCUCCAUCACUGCUUGCACACAUGGUUUCUGCACUGUCACGUAAUCAUACACGCUAUAACACAAAACACACACCCAUCAAAUGCUGUUCACAUCCAUAAGUAUCACAGCCUCUGACACCAGUUUAAACUGCAGCUUUAGUGUUUUUAAAAAACAUUUUGGCAAUAAACCUAGAAGUUGUGAUUUGGUGAGCUUAAGAACCAUUAUCUGCACGAGUGUGGCUGCUGCUAAGAUAUGUUUGUUCAAUGAAGAAACGAUGCAUAUUUUCUUGUCAGCUAUCAAAAUAAAUCAUCAGAUUAUUAUCUAAGAGCAGAAAGCAGAAGUCGAGUUUUCCGCUUUUGGAGAGGUGUGCAUCUGGAAGCAGUUGUAUCUUUUUGCAAAAGAUGCACCUUCAGAGCUUAGUUAUCUCACUAAACUGCAAGCUAAACCUCCAUGUAUUACUAACUAGUUUCAAUGAAGUCUCCCUUUUGUUUUGUUUUUUGUUUUUUUUUCCUGUGACAAAUCCUCAGUUUCAUUUAAUUUUGGCACCCCCUGAGAAAAUCAUGACCCUUUAUCUCUAUACCAAAUGUUUUUAAAUUUUAGCUCAUGUUUUUUUUGGGGGGAAAACAGAAAAAUGUGUCAGCAUUUCAGGUUUCAGGUUUCCUUGCUGUGGAAAAUGGAAGAACAAGCAGUUUGGAUGGCUUGCAAUCAUUCCUUUUGACACCUACCCUGUAACAGCAAUUCAGACUUUAAACGAAUGAUAAAGAAACUGUCAAAUUUGUUACAAAUGGUUAAGUUUGCUUUUGUAGUUUAUAAAGAGGCAUCACUAUUUAGUUCAGUCAGUUUUACAACUCGUUAAAAACUGCUCACAGGAACUUUAAGGUGUUUCACUUUUUACAUGUUGGUUUGUUGGAAAUGUUGUGGUAGAAGUUCAGGUCAAUCUUUGUCAUCUCUUUUUCUCUUCACUAAAGAUAAAGGUGCAGUGCAUAGUGUUUUGCAGGCAUUAGUGGGAAAAUCGUGGUUGAAAUGAAGUGAAUAUUUAAUGAUAGGAUAAAAAUAACCCAGAUAUGGAAAUGUUUUAUUGUUUCUGUGGAGAUUGUAAGGAGUGGGUUCUUUUCCACAUAGGCCACCUUCUUGCACUGACAAACUAGAAACUUACUUAUUAUUUUAUUGUCAUAUUCUUUUGCAUUUCAUUCAUAGUGGCUGUCUGAUGUUCACUGAAUGAAAGAAGAAGAGAAUGGUUAUUGUGCACAAAAGACUUGAUCAUGAUUCGUGUUUUCAUGGAACAACUUUGGGGACUGUACUUAUCCUGUACAUGAGCUGCACAUGAGCUUCUUGUGCUCGAAGGCCACCAUCAGGUGAACAGGGGGGCUUUUCUAUCCAGAAUCUGAUUGCAAGAUGUGGCUCAAUAUUCCCACACCUGCAUACUGUACCUUUUAAAUAAGGCAUGGCUCGAGCUCAUGUUCUUGACAGCCUGCAACUUUGUAUGAAUCAAAAAUGCCCAGAGAAAUUCAGUGUGUUAAUAUAAUAAGAAAGGUAUGUUAAAAAAAAAAACUGCCGACAAGCAUGAGAGCAGCAAUUACAGAACAAAUCUUUAAACUUAUUUGCUACUUGAAGACAGAGACUCCUGUUUGAGUUUUCACCUUUGCUGGACUCAGACAGCAGGAUGAAUGACCUAGGAAAUAUGUGUUCAAAGAAAGGCAGGUUUAAGAAACUUGUUUGGUUGGAUGGCCUUGUAACCUUUGGUCACUGAACUUAGAUUGACCUCGGGUCAACCAUGAAUGACAACCACAGUUUGCAUUUAGUGAAAGUCCAUUGUUCCGUGUUCUUCCCCCUCAUUCUCCUGCUGUUAUUUCGGCUUGUGUGUCCGCUGCUGGCUAUCAAAAAGGCAUCAAAUGCGUUAAAGAGCAAGACUUAAGGUGAAAAACAAUCUGUAUUUCACUGUAUAUUGGUUUUUGAAUAAUAAUAGUGUAAAUAUAAUGACAUUAUGAAAAUGUGUUUGUUUUGCCUUUUAAGGCUUUUCCACAUUGCUCAUGGUAACAUGUGAAAAUUACGGUGGCGCUGAGAAGCAAAAGACGACAGCAAACCAGAAAACGCAACACAAAAAGAGAAAACACAACGCAAAUCAGAAAACACAACACAAAAAGAGAAAACACAACAGCAAAUCAGAAAACACAACACAAAAAGAGAAAACACAACGAAAUCAGAAAACGCAACACAAAAAGACAAAACACAACGCAAAUCAGAAAACAACACAAAAUGACAAAACACACUACAAAAAGAGGAAACACAACGGCAGAUCAGAAAACACAACACAAAAAGACAAAACACAGCACAAAAAGAGAAAACACAACAGCAAAUCAGAAAACACAACACAAAAAGUGAAAACAACGAAAUCAGAAAACAACACAAAAUGAGAAAACACAUUACAAAAAAGAAAACACAACAGCAAAUCCAAAAACACAACACAAAAUAGAAAACACAAUGGGAAAUUGGAAAACACAAAACAAAAAGCGAAAACAACACAAAAAGACAAAACAUAACACAAAAAAAAACACAGAACAAAAAUACAACUUUAUUGGAAUUGGGUUUUCUAGUUGUGUUUUUUGAUUUGCUGUUGUGUUUUCUCUUUCUGUGUUGUGUUUUCUCUUUUUUGUUGUUUUUUCUGACUUGAGGUUGUGUUUUCUCUUUUUGUGUUGUUUUUCUUUUUUUGUUGUGUUUUCUUUCUUUGUGUUGUGUUUUUAGAUUUGUUGUGUUUUCUCUUUUUGUGUUUAGUUUUCUCUUUUGCUGUUAUGUUUUCUGAUUUGCCCUUGUGUUUUGCAUCUCCAGGCACGGGUAGAAUUUGCAAGUGUCUGACAAUAUCAGGAAACUAGGCCAGAUCAAAGGGCAACCUUAAGAGCCUAAAAAUGAAGCCAGUGUGGAGGUUAAUAAAACUUCAGCUCCUUGAAUGUCAUUGUGAGGGUGUUUUGUUAAAGCCUCAUUAUUCCAUCUAGGCGCAUGUCCAGCUUUGCAGCAGAAACUGACAUUUUCAGAGGUGGUACAGUGAACAGUAUAGAGAACUGUAUGCAACUUUCAUUGUUUGUGCGGUUUAGUUGAUGGACAGGUGAUUGUUUUGUAGCUGUUUGCCAGGAGGCUUAAAGCCCAUCUCAGCUUAACGGACUUGCUUGUGUGGAGAAUGAGGAAAAUUUCGGUCAACUCAGUAUUUCUGCAACUGCUGGGCUUCAGACUUCUUUCCAGAAACCAAUGGACAGCAUCACAGAGAUUACAUGCAGGUUUUCAGUAGAUAUGGAUUUUUUGGGGCCAAUGCCGAUGCCGAUUAUAAGGGGGGGGGGGGGUGUCUGAUUACCGAUUAAUCAGACGAUUUUUAAAAUUUUGUAUGAAGUUAUAAUUCAAAUGAUCAUUCAAAUGAUGCGCUUGAACCAAGAGGUUGUUGCAAGUCUGGUCUCUCUGUAUUAUAUGUAAUUUUUGUAAUUUAUGCUAGAUUUUUUUCAUAUUUUUGUUGGCUGCUGAUGGAUACUUCUGCUGGGCGAAGAGUUUACUCAAGAGAAGAGCUCCUUUCAUUGAGGAAAAGCAAAUCUGGGCGAAAACAUAUAAUUCCAGAGGACAUCAGGAGGUGUUAUCGUGGUAACCGUGCUGGUGCAAAGGUGAAGGCAAAGCUGAAUGCUAGGAAGUGGCGAUAUAAACCCUUUCUUCCAUCAAUCAUCGUGGGAAACGUCAACUCUCUGCCCAACAAAAUCAGCGACUUUUGGCCAAUUACUGAUUAGUCUCGAGCCGGCUAAAAUUGGCCGAUUUAAUUGGCUUGCUGAUAAAUCAGUCAGGCCCUAGAUUUCAACAGUCUGUGGUGUAGAUCAAGUUUGUACCUUUUAUCUAUUAAGCUCUGAUAAAGAGACACGUCCAUCCAGGGUCCUAUAUGAGCAGUUGCAUCUUCACUUCAUUAUUAUAUUCAGGUGAAGCUCAAGUCAACCAUCGGCUACUUUCAGAUUGAUUAGUGGCAGUAAAAAAAGUGGUGAAAAACAAUGGGGCCAAACCAUUUACUUGGAUAGAUUAUUGGCAUUUUGACACAGUUGGUAUCAUAUCCCUCACAGUCGACGUCACUAUCAUCUUUUCUAAAAGAUAACACAUCUUCCCCAUGACCAAUUGUUAGGAUGAUUUUCUUUAGCCAGUCAUGUCAGCAUUUAGGGUGGUUGAAGCUGUGUAACUGAAAUACCACAGAUAUUUUGGUGCCCUACCAGUGGUGCCAUGGGCCUCUGAAAACCAUCCUAAAUGAGAACUUUCUACACCUGUUUAACAUCACUCAAGCUCCCAAAAUAUGUUGUGUUCUGUUAUCACCCCACAUGGACUCUCUGUACUGUCAUUAAAAAGGUGUCAGCAGAAUGUCUGAAAACAUGGACAGCUAUACCUGAUACCUCUCAGACGAGUCUUUGUUACACUUGUGGCAUGCUGAAGCUGUAACCCAGAUCUGCAACCAAUAAGGCAUGGCAAACUGUAGUAUAACCCAAUAACCCAAUAUCUGUGAUUCAUUCAAAACCCAUCAAAUAUAUAUUACUGACUAAGAUCACCAUGUACAUUAGAUUUUAAUGUGCAUGGAGUAAUGAAUCUGUACAUGACUGUUUUUUUUUUAUUUUAACGCAGAUAUUCACCUUAAAAUUAUUUCCUAAUGAUAACAGAUGGCUGGACAAAAAUUUGAGUCCUUUGGUUCAGAUAGACAUCACCACAAAUAUUUUUACAUCUACAUUGAUUUGAUUAAAUUAUAUCAGCAAUUUUGUUUUUCAUUUUUAGUAUCAUUAAUUUGUUGUAUUUUUAAAUGCAAAAAAAACCCCAACAAAAGUGGUAUCGGUAUCAUGUAUUACUCGACCUGCUUUCUCAUGAUCAGCAUUGGCAUCGGCUAUUAAAAAACUAUAAUCAUCAGAAAAAGACUUUUGCAUCAUUGGGUCACAGCAGGUGAAACUGUUUAUUAAAGGUGCAGUGAGCAGAAAUUGGAUUGGUGACAUCUAGAGGUCAUACUCUGAGUUCAGAUGCUCUCUUGCCUCUGGUGUAGGUAAAGCUCCACGUGGCCUACUAGUACUCAUGUGAAAUCUGUAUGAUCCUCCAUUUGUUCAGUUUUUCUAUUAGAAAUGUCUCAGGACAAAUUCUUUUGCACACGAAAGCCACUGUCUUCUCCUUUUAUUUUUUUCCAACUGGUACAUUUCAGACGGCCACCCACCAAAUACACUGACCUGUGUAUCACCAGUCUGUCUGUUAUGUGCCAAUGUAGACACAGUGGCUGAGCAAGAUGGCGACCUACAUUGAGAGGGGACCUGCACUUAUGUAGAUAUAAAGAGUUCGUUCUGAGUUGAUAAAAAAGACUAAUUUUGUAUUCAGGUGAUUAUAUAUCUAUUUAGACUUAAUAAUGGAUCCUUGUCUCCAUCUCUAAAUGGAUCUGCUAAAUGCCAUAAAAUGCUACAUGCUAUGCCUUUAAUAUCUCAGUGCAAGGACAAACAAAAGUACACCACUGUGAUAAACCAACAGAAACCUCCACCUUAAAGUGACGACUCUUUACCUCAGGGUCAAAGCUCAUGUUCCCUUCUAUUAAAAGAACCCUAGAUCUAUGCACACAUUUAGCUUAGAAAAAAAACUUUAUUUUUAAUCUUUAUUUCCAACUUUUAUCUUUGUGAACUGAAUCAAACUUUUCAUUUGUGAGUCUAUCUGAUGUGUCUGUCUAGCUUUAAACGGCAUGACUCAUCCUCUGCAGCAGAAAGUAUAGAGCAUGGCUGCUUGUGAUGUAAAUUUUUCUUGGCAUUUUUCCCAAGACGCUUGCACACACACACACACACACACACACACACACACACACACACACACACACACACACACACACACACACACACACACACACACACACAGACAGUCACUCACCCUCCCUCCCUCCCUCCCUGUUGAAGUGUUGACAUGUCUGCUGACUUUGAGUCUCGGCUGUAGUGAUUUGAAAUGAGCCUCAUACGGUCGCACCAAAAUAUAUGUAGCGAUUUGAAAUGAGCCUCACAAGGCCGCACCAAAAUAAUACUUGGCGAUUGGAAUUUAUAAUAAAUGUCUGAAGAUUAAUAAUCUCAAAUUAUGACAUUUAUGCACUCGUUGAAAGGGGCACCACCCACCCUUAAUGGUGGGAAAAUAAAGAAAACAAAAGUUUAAUUCAGAAAUCAAACAUCAAGUCAGUUUUAAUUAAUCAGUCUUAAUUAAUCAGUCUUAAUUAAUCAGUCUCAUAUCUUAAGUCGAAAUUCUAAUUUCAGGGACUCCACUUCUGGAAGAACACUAACAGACAGGAACUUAGAAAAAUAAUGAUCUGUUUAUUACAGGAUAAAUGAUGGUACAACACACAUGCAAUAAAUGAUGAUAAGAUAAUGAAGAUAGAUAAUAAUAGGUGAAUAAAUAAAGAUUCUGAGUCAGGCUAGGAGCACUAAAGUUAAUGAUAGUGAGUGAAUAUGCGCUAACAUAUUAACCUACACUAACUUUGGUGUCGAGAUAAACUCGGGUGUAGAUUUGGAGGAAUCUAAGAUCACCAGAAAUAGGUGGAUAUCUGAGUUAUGAACGCGUGAGACAGCAUCAGCCCUGUCUGGAGCUCUGGAGGUUUGCAUACUUAAGUGAGACUGGUCCUUGGAGAAGAUGGAGCAGGUUCCGAAGGUCCGGGGCUACUGGCGGUUCGAGCGGUUCAGCUCAGAAGACGACUGAAGUCAGCCGAAGGAUGAGCCAGGAGUUGCAGCACUCGGGCCCGAAGCAAAGCCAGCGCCUGUGGAUCCUGUGGAUGCUCGUUUGGGUACUUCUUUGGUCUCACUCAAAAACUCUGGCACAGAGGAUGACCUGGGCCUGUUGGGUUGCGUUCGGAGGUGACUUUGAAAUCACGCAGAAAACUCAGAAAAACGAGGCUCGAAGAGCAGAGAAAACUUUCAAAAAUGGCUUCGCGAAAUUAAAGAAAAAUCAAUCAAAGGCUUAAUCUUGAAUUGCUAUGUGCACAAAAAGUUGAAGUUUCAAAACUUGAACUAAGACGAUGUUAAAGAAAAAUCAACGUGAAUCAACACGUGGCGUAAAACUUAGAAGACUAAGAAAAAGUUCUAAGAGAAAACAAAGAAACGCACCACAGAAGGGUGUGGGCAGAAGAGAAGGGGCAUAAGAGCCGGGGACAAGAGAGUCAGCAGAAGAGCAGAAGCAUAAGAGGAAUAAGAGGCGUAAGAGAGUGAGCAACCCCACUUCACUGGUUUUAUCUUCUCACACUGGGAGUGGCUCCGGCGUGUGUGUGUGAGACAGAGGAGGGUCGUGUGGUCUUUGAUUAUUUGAUCUAACUUAUUCUUUUGGCUGGUAAAAGAGUCAGAUCUGAUACUCACUCACUAUGAUUAAUAUCAUUGAAUGCUUGGUUUCAUGACAAAUAAUUUGACACUAAACACAUAUGAAUGAAGUGUAGGAUCACAUCAAACAUUCUCAUUAUGUUUAAAGUAUCACAUUGAACAUGCUAAAUUACUCUGAAAUGAAACAGAUAGUAACACAUGGAAACUGUGAACAACAAAAGAGUAAAUACAUGUGAAUGAACGUCAUCAUGAUUAAUAAUGGAUUCUAAAUACUCACAUUCAGGUUAUUCAAUGACAUUAUAACCACCUAAUGGUUAAAAAUACUAAAUAAACGAUUAAAAUAUAGAACAAACAUUUCUAAACCAUUUCUGUUAAUUAGAGCUAAGUUAUGAGUCACAAUCAAUAAAUUUAACUCUUAAAAGUUCAUGAAACAGUCUGAAAAGCUGUUGGUCUAAAGAUAUCGGGAGUGAUAAUUUGGCUUCUGAAGCACAUAGAAAAACGGGAAACAUCUCAUUUUAACACAAAUUUCAUGAUUAGACAGAUUAGUACAUUGCUGAAUGCAUAAGAUGUCAGGAUCAGUCAUUUGUAUUCUUUCACCAAAGGAAUGUAGUCUUUAUCAGUGCAUGGUCGAGCAGGGUUUUACGACCGAGGUCUGGAGGUCAGUGUCCCCCCUUUUCCUAGGGUCCGUAUGUUCACACACUUUAAGACACUAAAUCUCAAAUGGGAGAUCUGGGUUGAGACGUUAAUGUUUAUUUAGAUGGUCAGCAAAUGGAGUCAGUUUGAAAGGUAAUAAAAACUCUGUCUCUGUUCGCCGAACUGACCAAUCCUGAAGAGUCAGAGGUUUAGUCAACCUCCGGUUGGGUCAUUAUUUAACCUGAAAGUGCAAACACGUCUGGAAAGAUUUAUAUCCUGUUUCCUGGGACCAGAUAAGGAAGCUUUCCUGUGAGGAAUGUGUGGGUUUCACAUCCAGGGUUGUCUUGAUUGCUACAGUCCCCCCUUCGUCACGGUGGUCCUGUCCAUGGAGCAUCGGGACGACGAGUAGACAACCAUGAAGCAGCAGCAGGUGUAUGCAAAUAGGACUGAUGCGUCUCGUCAUCACUAUGUGAAUCACUAGUACUGCUUUGAGAUAAAAUUAAGCAUGCAUUAAGCUAUCAAAUAAAAUAGUCUUGUUGUUAGACUUUUCUCAGUUAACUAUUGGUAGACUAAUGUGAAAGAAAAUCUCCUAAUUUUCAGUAUUAAUGAGAUUUAGGAAAGCACUAUUUAGUCUGAAUGCUAACUGGAUCUAAAGAUAUAGCUGUUUUCCAUGCUUGCUGGAGAAGUCUGAAAGUUCAAUUUCAGUUUCAAAAAUGGUUAAGACUUAGGUGGAAAAGAAAUGUCUGCUAUAGACAUAUUAACCAUCUGUGUAUGAGCAUAGUCAACCUGAAUCACAAACAUCAAAUGUUUACUGCACAGAGUUUCUCUUAAACUUUGUUAAACUUGGGGAUGAUGCUCUUAUUGGUUUGACUAAUUAUCUGCUGUUGAGUCUGAAAUUUGUCAGUCUGAGUCUUAAUGACAGAAAUUUCAGGUUUUAAUCUGUUCAUGGGAUAUUUGACAGCUGACAAGCUGACCAUAUUGACAGAGGAGAGACAAAUGCUAACAAAGAAAGCAGCAACUGGGAUUGCAGUCAUCAAUGUAUCACCACAGCAUUUGGAUAUCUUAUUGGAGUCAUUUAGCUUUGGCUAGGUGACUUCUGCUUUCGCAGGACUCACACCUUCAUGACUCCACAGUGUUAAUCUCAGUGGUUAGCUGAGUUGUCAUGUUUAUUCACCUUCAAAGUGGAUGAAACCGAUUGAGGUGGAUAAUAAGAUCGUCGUUUCUGAGAGUGUGAUUUACUCUGAUUCUGCCAGUCAUUCACCCCCCUUUGGCGGUGUCGAUGGUUUUUCCUUUGUCUGGGACAAAACCCAUCGUGACGGGAGUCUGAAUAACAACAGUUGGUCUCAAAGUUUACCGGGCAUUGGUCUGUGUCAGACCUGGGCCUUGGUGUGUAACUUUGACCUUUGUGAGUUUGUUGAGGUCGAAAAGGUUUUGGAGGCCUGGUUAACCACUCGUUUGGAGGCUUAUCGAAGCCUGAAAAUACACAAUCUGAAGCUUCGUUCAGCUCCAUGGGCAGUGAUUUUGUCUCCAUAGCCAAGAGAGUAACAGGCUCUGCUUUCUUAGCCAAAGUUUGUCGUUGUUUGGCAAAACCUUUUACAGCAAGUUCACGAAGCUGUCGGCUAGUCAAAGUGUUUGGACAAGCUAAGACGCCAAGGUGAUGACUGGUGGUAGGGUGGAGGUUCUGGACGAACAGCGUUUUGAAGUUCAAGUCCUCCUCCAUUUCUGGUUCAUUUCGGAAACCAAAGUAAGCUUCGCGUAAGCGGUUGUAAUACUGUUGGGGAGAUUCUAAUCUCCCUUGUUUAAUAGACAGAGCAGCAGAGAGGCCUGUCUGGGUCAAAUAGUCAGAAAACUCUUCAAUUAAUGCUUGGCAGAGCAAGUCAUAAUUAUUUCUGACAUGAUAAGGCUGUCGUUCAAGGAAACUGCUAACCUCUCGACUUGACGUUGCCUUAAUAAGGUAGAUUUUGUCAUCAAUGGUUGCACCUGGAAAUUUCCUCAGGUAAAAGUCAAUGUCUUUCAAGUAGGUGCAGGUGUCAGUAGCACCUUGGUGCUCAGGUUCAAAGCGUGCUAUGUUGCGAGCAAUUUUGUCAAGAUCCCUGUCUGAGGGAGAUGGUAAGAAGCCAUCAUGAGGAGGAGAGUAGGACUCUUGGUUUAAGGAUGACCUCUCAGGGUCAAGCAGGGUCCUGUCAUGAUGCUGAGAGAGAUACUUAAGAGUUGGUUUGGAAGGAAGUGAUGGCGCUCUCUCAGGAGGCUGAUCACCUAUCAUUUCUUCAAGAAACGUUUGCUCCAUGCGUUCUCUUUGGGCUCGACCUGACUGGAGGGAGCAUUGUAACUCUCUUUGGGCAUCUUCAAGUUCUUUGUCUGUCUUUUCUUGCCGUUCUUGACAAAGAAUUAACUGUCUUUGAGCUAUCUGGAGCUGGUGCUGUAAGGUAGAAGUUUGCUUCUCCUUAACUUCAAGAGCUUCAGCACGCACUUUGACCAGUGCUUUCAAAGCUUUUACAUCUCCUGUUGCUUGCUCUAGUAGGGAUUCUGACUGUAUCAGAUCCUCUGUGGUCUUAGCAAGCUGCUUAUUCGUGUCAUCAAGUUCUUUCUCCUUUUUGUAAAGGGUCUCAUUAAGUCUUUCAAUCUUGUCUUUAAGAUCAAGAUUUUCUUCAUGACUUAUCAGUGAGGGAAGCUUUGACGCUUCACAUCUGGCACUGUGUUUUUCUAAAACACUUAGAGACUUCUUAGUCUCUUCUAGCGUCUUUUUCAGAGCGCUGUUUUCGUCUUUUUGCGCCUUUAUCUUUGCUAAAGCGCAUUCCAGCAAGUAGUCUUUAUACUCAAGCUGAGAAGACAUCAUGACAGACAUGCAUCUAGUGAGCUCUUUGUCACGAAGUGUCGUGGUUAAGGCUGUUUCCAGUAAGUCAGCCAUUUCAUCCUCCGGAUUGGAGGGUUUGGCCUUUUGAAUCUUAGUCAUGUACUGAGGUAUCAGCUGACUAGUCAAGUUUGCCAACACUGGGUGUAUGUCCCUCAGGGGGUCUCCCUGGCUGGACUCUUUUGUGUUAGGCAUGUUUGGUUUUGGUAAAGAGGUGCAGGUGGUUGGUUGAUGAGUUUGAGUUGACUUAAAAUGAAAGGAAGAAGCAAAAUAUCAAAUUAAGUGGGUUAAUCGACUUAAUUUAUCAGUGCUUGAUAAAGAGGAAGAGCCUAUCUGAGUAGAUCUCUAAUGGAGAGAAAAAUAACAUAAAGUUAAAUUCAUUUCAAUGAAAAUUGAAAGAAAAAGGUGAAAUAAUGUUAAAUUAAAUUUAACAUCAGAUACAGAACCAUUGAAUAAAGGGUUCAGUUUGUCUCCGUGUUGCAGAGAUCAGCAAAGCUUAAAUAAACUGCCUGAUGCAGUUGGAUGAAUUUGAAAAAUCAAUGAAAUUGUCAAUUUAAGGAAUUAACUCUGAAAUUAAUUCACAAAUUGCAAUGAAUCCAAAGGUUCAACUACCAAAUCCAUCUGGAGUGUUAAAAUAAAUUUCAAAUAUUAAUUAAUUUGUUCAUUAAUUAAUUAAUCUUAUGAGGAGGGUUAAUACAUUCAUGUAUUAUAGGGAACAGUAAAACUGCUCAAUGGUGUGAUAAGUAACAACAAGAUCAGGUGAUUGAUUCAAGGAGUUACUUUAUCAAUACAUUAUGUAGGCUCUUAUAACAAAGAUAAAAAUCAAAAAUCAAUGAUCAAUGAUUUAGAAUAAGCACAUCAAACUUCAUCAACCAAGUCAAUCACUUGAGUUAUGUCUGUAGAGUGUUACACACUGACUACAGAGAGGCAGUACAGCUGGCUGAUACUGCAGGCAGAUAAUAGCAGUGUUAGCUCAAUACCAAAAACAACCAUGUGGGGCAGUAUGGAGUUGGGGUAACUGCACAAGCUCAACACAAGUGGAGAAGAAGAAGAGAAGAGGAAACAGUCAUCCAACUAGCCUCUUGUGGCUGUGAGGAGUUGGGAAGUAUGCAGGAAGGGGCCUUUAGGCUCUGCCUCCUUGAAGGGCCUUAUCUGCUUAAGGCCUAAUGGUCAGUCUCUCCACUGACAACAAAGGGUUAACAUUUCACAGCAGGCUGCGUCUGCACCCUCAAACAUAGAACUUUACACCAUCUGCUCAGGCAGAUUGGUUCAAUAAAAUCAUUUACAGGAACAAGAAUCAAAGUGACAAAUCCUUAAACAGCAGAUUCAACUGCAAACUUAAAAUUACAAAUGCGGCGAUUUGUGAACACAAAUUUUGUCUGAAUUCAAUCAAACAACAACCUCCCACUGUUACAGUGGUUUCCUGUGACAGGUAGUUAAUCUGUCAGGGGAAAGGAGGAAAUCUGAAUCCCAUAUAGUUACUAGAACUUCGUAGCAGACUAUAGAGACAAGAAUCAAAGUGACAAAUCCCUCAACAGCAGAUUCAACUGCAGACUUUUAAAAAAAUCACAAAUGCGGCGAUUUGUGAACACAAAUUUUGUCUGAAUUCAAUCAAACAACAACCUCCCACUGUUACAGUGGUUUCCUGUGACAGGUAGCUAAUCUGUCAGGGGAAAGGAGGAAAUCUGAAUCCCAUAUAGUUACUAGAACCUCGUAGCAGACUACAGAGACUUCAGGGGCUUGAAACCACAGCUCGGAGCAUCGCGAACACUGGGUUCAGCCAAAGGCCUUAAAUACAAGCGUACGGCGACGCAACAAUCGUGCACUUAAAUAUUGGACAGUCUAGACAGAGCAGAAGAGUCAGUCUCACUGCUACUCAGAACAACAUUUCACGCUGUCCAGCUCAAACACAGACUACAGGCAUGUAGUACAAAAGUGUGUGAAACACAGAGCAUAAAGGUUUUAUGCAUAGAUCAGGAAAACAUCAGAACUUAGUCAAGCAACUUCAGCAAGCAUAGCAUUGAUUGUGAUUAAGUCUAAAAUAGCCUGGAAAUAAGUUUCUCUCAUCAAUUUGGAAGGCUAAGUUUUAGGUUGUCUGUUAGUAUCCAGAAGUUUUGUUUGAAACGCCUCACGCAGGGGCUCCAAAAUAUAUGUAGUGAUUUGAAAUGAGCCUCAUACGGUCGCACCAAAAUAUAUGUAGCGAUUUGAAAUGAGCCUCACAAGGCCGCACCAAAAUAAUACUUGGCGAUUGGAAUUUAUAAUAAAUGUCUGAAGAUUAAUAAUCUCAAAUUAUGACAUUUAUGCACUCGUUGAAAGGGGCACCACCCACCCUUAAUGGUGGGAAAAUAAAGAAAACAAAAGUUUAAUUCAGAAAUCAAACAUCAAGUCAGUUUUAAUUAAUCAGUCUUAAUUAAUCAGUCUUAAUUAAUCAGUCUCAUAUCUUAAGUCGAAAUUCUAAUUUCAGGGACUCCACUUCUGGAAGAACACUAACAGACAGGAACUUAGAAAAAUAAUGAUCUGUUUAUUACAGGAUAAAUGAUGGUACAACACACAUGCAAUAAAUGAUGAUAAGAUAAUGAAGAUAGAUAAUAAUAGGUGAAUAAAUAAAGAUUCUGAGUCAGGCUAGGAGCACUAAAGUUAAUGAUAGUGAGUGAAUAUGCGCUAACAUAUUAACCUACACUAACUUUGGUGUCGAGAUAAACUCGGGUGUAGAUUUGGAGGAAUCUAAGAUCACCAGAAAUAGGUGGAUAUCUGAGUUAUGAACGCGUGAGACAGCAUCAGCCCUGUCUGGAGCUCUGGAGGUUUGCAUACUUAAGUGAGACUGGUCCUUGGAGAAGAUGGAGCAGGUUCCGAAGGUCCGGGGCUACUGGCGGUUCGAGCGGUUCAGCUCAGAAGACGACUGAAGUCAGCCGAAGGAUGAGCCAGGAGUUGCAGCACUCGGGCCCGAAGCAAAGCCAGCGCCUGUGGAUCCUGUGGAUGCUCGUUUGGGUACUUCUUUGGUCUCACUCAAAAACUCUGGCACAGAGGAUGACCUGGGCCUGCUGGGUUGCGUUCAGAGGUGACUUUGAAAUCACGCAGAAAACUCAGAAAAACGAGGCUCGAAGAGCAGAGAAAACUUUCAAAAAUGGCUUCGCGAAAUUAAAGAAAAAUCAAUCAAAGGCUUAAUCUUGAAUUGCUAUGUGCACAAAAAGUUGAAGUUUCAAAACUUGAACUAAGACGAUGUUAAAGAAAAAUCAACGUGAAUCAACACGUGGCGUAAAACUUAGAAGACUAAGAAAAAGUUCUAAGAGAAAACAAAGAAACGCACCACAGAAGGGUGUGGGCAGAAGAGAAGGGGCAUAAGAGCCGGGGACAAGAGAGUCAGCAGAAGAGCAGAAGCAUAAGAGGAAUAAGAGGCGUAAGAGAGAGUGAGCAACCCCACUUCACUGGUUUUAUCUUCUCACACUGGGAGUGGCUCCGGCGUGUGUGUGUGAGACAGAGGAGGGUCGUGUGGUCUUUGAUUAUUUGAUCUAACUUAUUCUUUUGGCUGGUAAAAGAGUCAGAUCUGAUACUCACUCACUAUGAUUAAUAUCAUUGAAUGCUUGGUUUCAUGACAAAUAAUUUGACACUAAACACAUAUGAAUGAAGUGUAGGAUCACAUCAAACAUUCUCAUUAUGUUUAAAGUAUCACAUUGAACAUGCUAAAUUACUCUGAAAUGAAACAGAUAGUAACACAUGGAAACUGUGAACAACAAAAGAGUAAAUACAUGUGAAUGAACGUCAUCAUGAUUAAUAAUGGAUUCUAAAUACUCACAUUCAGGUUAUUCAAUGACAUUAUAACCACCUAAUGGUUAAAAAUACUAAAUAAACGAUUAAAAUAUAGAACAAACAUUUCUAAACCAUUUCUGUUAAUUAGAGCUAAGUUAUGAGUCACAAUCAAUAAAUUUAACUCUUAAAAGUUCAUGAAACAGUCUGAAAAGCUGUUGGUCUAAAGAUAUCGGGAGUGAUAAUUUGGCUUCUGAAGCACAUAGAAAAACGGGAAACAUCUCAUUUUAACACAAAUUUCAUGAUUAGACAGAUUAGUACAUUGCUGAAUGCAUAAGAUGUCAGGAUCAGUCAUUUGUAUUCUUUCACCAAAGGAAUGUAGUCUUUAUCAGUGCAUGGUCAAGCAGGGUUUUACGACCGAGGUCUGGAGGUCAGUGUCCCCCCUUAUCCUGGGGUCCGUAUGUUCACACACUUUAAGACACUAAAUCUCAAAUGGGAGAUCUGGGUUGAGACGUUAAUGUUUAUUUAGAUGGUCAGCAAAUGGAGUCAGUUUGAAAGGUAAUAAAAACUCUGUCUCUGUUCGCCGAACUGACCAAUCCUGAAGAGUCAGAGGUUUAGUCAACCUCCGGUUGGGUCACUUAUUUAACCUGAAAGUGCAAACACGUCUGGAAAGAUUUAUAUCCUGUUUCCUGGGACCAGAUAAGGAAGCUUUCCUGUGAGGAAUGUGUGGGUUUCACAUCCAGGGUUGUCUUGAUUGCUACACGGCUGUGGCCUGUUUUUCCUCUUGGCUUCAGACAGAAGAGCUUCAAGACAGAUGUGUUAUCUCAAUUCUCUGUUUAUCUCCCUCCCUUGAUCGCCCUUUUUUCUCUUUCUCUCUCUUCAAUGCGGGGACUAUUUUUGUGACUGUUCUUUUUUAAAAGGCACACGAUCAAAGCGCAUGCAAAAUACAGGGCACUUCAGCAGGAUUUGAGCUGCACUGAAGAGAGCAUGUUUCUGGUUUGGAAACACACCAUACGCUACAUGUAAAUGUAUAUGCAGUAAUACAAGGGUUAUUUAAUCUGGAGGAAUGCACCUCAUGUCUGGAGAGCAGCUGCUGAGCUCUGAUGUCUUACUGUGUGUGUGUGUGUGUGUGUGUGUGUGUGUGUGUGUGUGUGUGUGUGUGUGUGUGUGUGUGUGUGUGUGCUGUAAAUCUGCAGGCAGGAAGCUAACAGAUGUGGCUGUUCUUCCAUUUUGUUCUGAGAUUGCCUCAUUAUUGUUUUUUUCUUGGAAUUUGAGGCUUAGUAGGAGGACAAAGGUCACUAAUGAACUAAAACUGUAUCACUUAUUCUCAAGAGGAAAAUGUAGAUUCAUAUCGAACACCGUUUAUGACCAUUUUUGUUUAGUUUAAUACCCUCUCUAUGGUAUUUGCAUUCUAUAAUUGCCUUUCUCCACAACAUUUUGCUUAACACUGGCAUUCAUAUUACACAUUUAUGGUUGAGGGAGGGGGUUCAGAAAAGACUGCAUGCGCAUAGGAGACAUGAUAAGAAAGAUAAAAAUCAACUAUAUGCCAGCUUUUCAUGCAAUAUCGGGGAGCACUGUGGAGAACAGAAAUGCCAUGUUGGACCAGCUUUUUUUAAUCUCCUUUCUGAAAUCGACCUCAAGUGACUCUGAAUCAUUUUAGCUUUGUUUCUCCCUCAGGUAGUUGAUUUAUUUUGUGCUUCAAAAAAAAACUGUGGUGCUUGUGUUUUAUUGCCACUAGAGUCCACAAGUGUCCCCAAAUCAGUGAGGAGUUCAUAAAUGAGAGGAUUCACCAUGUUCUUAUGUCGACUGAUGUUGUGCAAGACUUUUGCGCCACCUUGUUGGUGUUUUUUGGAGCCACAAGUGACAAUGUUGAGACAGAAAGGUGGAUCCACGUCAUAUUUCUUCUAGCCUGGUCCAGCAGUUUAUGUGUCCAGGGGCCUAUUCUACGAAGCAAGUUCGACCUAGUGAGGUAGCCUUGGAGCUCAACUUAGUGCGGUAGCCAGCGGUGUCGCUAAAAAGUCUUAUGACGCUGGUUAUCAACCUUGUAUGUGGAUCCAGCUUUGCUAUGAGCGCGUGCACGCAUGUAAGGCGGAGCCCGCCGCAUCGGACCAAUUGACCAAUCAGAGCAGGCCGGAGAGCGAAGGACCGCGUACUUUACAAACGAGGAGCAGGAGACGAUCAUGAGAAAGUAUGAGGAAUUUAAAUCUAUCAUAAACCUCAAAAGCAACACCGUUGCCACUGCAAAAGCAUGAAAGGAAUGCUGGCAGAAAAUUGCCGACAGUCUCAAUGCGUAAAUAUAGUGCACAAAAAAUCUUGGAUGCCAUUAUCACCCUGAAAUAGCACUGUUCAACAUGCGCUUUUAACAUGCAGCACACAUGUCUAAUUCAUUUCCAAGAUGAAUUCAUUCAUUUGUUCAUUCCUAUGGUGUUUACAUUUUUUGUGUGAUAUGUAGGCCAUAUGAGCCUUUCAUAAAGGUGGUCAUCUGGAAAAGUAAGUGGGUCCGUGCGGUCCCUGAAAACUCUCGCGUGCCAGAGUGCUCCUCAGACAAUGCGAGCACCAAGGUCUAUAGGAUCCUCCAAGAACGGACAAGCCAUUUUUUGAGAGAGCUCAUUGGUCAGUGGGCAGGGUUUUUAUACUCGGUGAGUUCAAUCUGGAACUUGACCUGCCCCGGAGCAGGUUAGCCGUUCAGCGUUCGUUGCCAUGGAGACUCACCUUGCUAAGAAGUGAAGCCGCGUCGUAGAACAGGAAACCCCGAACUUACCCUCGAAGUUACCUCGCUAAGCAGUAAUCCUGCUUAGUAGAAUAGGCCCCAGGUUAGCCACACCUGCCUGUGCACCAUGACCUAAAAUAAAACCAAUGCUGGAGUGCAAAAAAACGCAGUUCCUCAAGUGUCCUGUUGAGAAACAACAUGUUUACAGCCUUAUACAAACAACAGUUUUGGUCAGAAGAGUCAAAACUGAGUUUUGACUCAUUAAAGAUGUUAAAGGCUUCAAGUCACACAUGUUUGGCCAUGACAAAGGUUGACUCAGCUGACAGGUGGACACAUAACAGCUGUUUAAAAAAGUAAGCAUGAGCACUCUCUAAACACAAACUCUUAUAAGGUGCAUGAAAAUCACAAAAACAACAUUAAAAAUCUAACAAAUACCGAACACACUCAUAAACUCUGCCUCUUGUUUGUUAUCUGAAAGUUAUGCCGAGGCAACAUUUCUGCAACUGUGGGGCUCCAAAACUUUGCUUUAGGGGUUGACUGAUAUUUGUGUUUCAGGGCCAGUUGUUGAGUAGUUAAUGAAACUGAUCAGUAAUUGUAAAAACUGAUGUGCAUUGACAGUAAAAUUGAGAAACUUCCCGUCAAAAUGGAGAAUUUUGAAUCCUUCAAACUCCAACUCAAAACUUUGCUGAAAUGCCUUUAGCAAAUGUUGAACCUUAAAUGUUCUACAUCAUAUACAGAAGUUAAGGGAUCCAUUUUUUAACCAGCCUGUGCUCCUGCUCUGACCUGUGUAAUGUUCCUCUGUUCACACUAAUGUUGUUUCUCUGAUCUCCUGUAGGAUGUUCCAGCAAAGUGAAGAGCCUCGUUUCACCAUCGAGCAGAUCGACCUUCUCCAGAGGCUGAGGAGGACGGGGAUCACACAGGUGGAGGUCCUCCACGCCCUUGACACGCUGGACCACCUGGACCGCAAACAUGGACACAAGUUGACCCACAAACCCCCCUACCUGCCUCCCUCAUCUUCCUCAAGCACAGCUGCCGCCUCUUCCUCUACGAUGUCCACAGCAACACAGACAAGUUUCCCUGACAACCGACUCUCACUGUCCCCCAGCAACAACUUUGACAACAGCUCUCCACUUCUUCCCAUUCCAAUAACCUCACCUGUCGCCAUGGCAGCAGUAGCUCAGAACGGGUUAGUUGCAGUGACCAAUGGGAAGCUGUCACCGCCCCGGUUUCCUUUGGGUGUGGUUAGUGGUGGAGUGACAGCACCUGGUUACGGGUUUGAGACCAGUGAAGAGGACAUGGAUGUUGAUGACAAGGUGGAGGACUUGAUGAGGUGAGACUAGGAGGUAUACCACGAAUCAAAGUUACUUAGCUUGAAACUUUCUUUCCAUGAGCUGACUCAAUAAAGUUAAAAGCUCUAGUCUAAGAUCACAAAACUGGUUGUGAAUUUUCCUCAUCAGCUCACGUGAAAGAAGGCUGUAUCACGUCAUUUGACCCUUCUUCUGAAUAAGAAACAAUCAGCAGCUGUCUGAGAAAAGAGGGGCAUGCUGCAGGAAAUUAUUUUGUUUAUUCAAUUUUUGAUUGUUCAGUUUUUAUCACACAAUACAUCAACAGGUCCUUCCUUUUUUUCUUAUAAGACGACAACCGACAGUAAUUCUGAGGGCUGCACUGUGUUUUGUUGUCUUAUUAAACAUGUACUCGCAAAAUUUCAGUAGGAGGCUACAGUAAGGAACCUCAAACUGGAAACUUUGGCUUAAUAGGAUUUCAAUCAGUUCAGUUCGGUUUUGUUAUUGUUCCUCAAGUGGAAAUUAGUUUUGCAUUGCUGUACAACAGGAACAGACCGAACAACCAAGACAUUAAAAAAAUCAACACUGAAAUCAGUAAUCACAGCCACAGUAAAAAAAAUAAAUAAAUAAAAAAUUUAAGCGUAAUAGAUUUUUUAGCAGUGAUGUCACGCAGUGAUCUCUGGAGCACAGACCUAGAGGCUAACAGAGGCCCCCUCAGUAAAUCAGUUUGAUGUGAUGAAUACUUCAAGACAUCAAUUUUAUCAUCUGCAAAACCAGUAGACUGGAUGAUGACAAGCUGAACCGGAUGUUUGGCAAGCAUAAAAAUUGGGGCUGUCACAUGAUUUAUUCUUAAAAAUCUUCAUUGCAGGGUCUUCUAGAGUUGAUUGUGAUCAAUCACAUUUUAAUCACAUUUCUACAACAAUAUUAUUUUAAAACAAUAGGUUUACAUUAACCAUGUAAAGCAAUAUUUUUGUAGUGUCUUUAUAAGGGAUUUGGGAUUUAUUAUUCAAAUAAAUGCUGCACUGCUCUGCCAGAGAGGAGCUUGUUGCAUGUACGCUGAAUUUCACAAUACAAAAGAUUCAAAGUGUGCUGAUUCUCAUGGUGAAUCUCUUCAUUCUUCUAGUGAUGGUAAUGUAAUGUGAUGAUGAGGGCCAAGGGCAGGACCACAGUGAAGGCUGACUCUCUUAAAUACAAGAAAACCCCUGUCUAUGGUGAUAAAGUUUGUGAUUUUAAAAGAAUAAACUGAUUUAUUACAGAUCCUUAUCACAUCAUGACUAACCUGUUAAUACUUAAAGCCCAUUUUUAAAAGAAGUCAUCCAGUGGUCUAGUUUCUGGGAUAAGAGGGUCCUUAUGAUGUGUCUCCAGGUGUCUGUUGGCUUAGUGAUCCAAGCAUGUGCCCCAUGUAUGGAGGGGACAGUUGCAGUGGUUGCUGGUUUGCUAGUUUUGACUCUGGUCUACCCCCACUGUCUACUCCCCAUCCUUUUCUGUCUCCAGUGGUCUUUCUCCCCCGUGUGUGCAAUAUAGCUUUAGUGUAAGAAGGAAACACUGACCCCCAUCAUCAUGUGUAAAAUUUCUGUUGUUGUUUGUUGUUCAAAUAGAUGAUACCACCAGCCACAAUGUCAUCUGGCUUUUUCAACUACCAAUAUCUAGAUUUUGGUUUCCCAAGUCCCAGUUUUAUCAGACUGAGGUAUUUACUGUGGUCAUCAUCACUAAACAGCAUGAGGACAAAAAGUGAUCAGCCUGUGUUUUUUUGUGGCUAUAUCUAUCCUAAUAAUUAGUCAAACUUGCUAAUGUAAGUAUCAGAUUUCUGCAGCAGAGAUGGUGUUAAUGCAGAUGGCCCAAUAGGAGACAGCUUUGCCUUCACCUCACAAUAAACAUAAAACGAGGAUUAAUUUCUGUAACACACACACACACACACUUCAGAAGCACACACACAUCACUCACACACUCAGAUCUGUAGUCUGCAGUCAGCCAGCAGCAAUCAGAGUGGUAUUGAUUGGAGGGUUUUGUGAAAAUGAAAUCAAAUCAGAAAUGGAGUGAAGAAUGUUAAAACCCAAUCUGUCUUCUGAUUCCUGCACAUUUUAAGCUCCAAUCAACAGCUGCUGCAUGAAUCAUUCAGUUUUAUAGCCUCAAACGAUGACAAAAGUUGCCCGGGAACAACAACGACAAAAAUAGAAAAAAACAGGUCUUGAUUGAAGUCUUUGGAGUGUAGUUGUCAAAAUUUACUAUGAUAUUUAUUAUUACCAUGUGCCUUCAAACUAUAAAGUCAUCUUUCACUGUCCAAAGUUCAGGAGACCAGGGGCUGUUGCACCAGUCUUAAGUAGUAUUAAGUUUAAGGGAUAUUCCGGUGUAAAAUUAAGUUAGGCUCACACACACCGUAACACCGAGUUAGAUACCCCCAUGAGAGAUGAAUGUUGCCGACUACUUGCUUCUCCCAUGUGAUUGACUCGUCAGGGCUCCCCUACAAACAAGCAGCUGCUGGAAGAGAGUGGGUGAGUUGUGUUUAGUCUCUUUGCUUAAGAAAUCAGGCAAAGUUAAAAAGAUGUUUAAUGGCUAGUAAUUUGGCUGGGACCCUAUAUGUACUAUUGAUGAAGUUAGGUGCUGUUCUGAGCAUUAUUUGUGGUUCUAGAGUGACUUUUUGGUUGAGGUUCGCACGUGGAGGCAUGGACUGCUGUGUAUUGCUAGCUUGCAUUCGUUACUACAGUUGGUAUAACUAGAGAAGCAAGGAGUCGGCAACAUUCAUCUCUCGAGGGGGUGUCUAACUUGAUGUUACAGUGUGUUUGACCCUAAAUUAAUUUUACGCCAGAGUAUCCCUUCAACUUAAGUCCACACUAAGCCAUGCAUUGAAACAAGUUACAUUGUGAAUGAAGCUGCACCUAACCCAUCGAGUGUGGGUUGAGCAAUCAUCAUGACAAUAUCUGGCAACAGUUGCAAGGAAACCUUUCCUUUUGACAGGCAGAAAAUUGAGCAAGAACAGACUAAACCUGAAGCCUGGACUGAAUGGGCUGAGAAAAAUGUGAGUUCCAAGGUGAUUAUCAUUUGGUGUAAACAGCAGACUCUGCUCUCUGCUUGCAGGAGGGACAGUGCUGUGAUAAAAGAGGAGAUUAAGUCCUUCCUAGCCAACAGGCGGAUCUCCCAGGCUGUGGUCGCUCAGGUAACAGGUGAGUAUCAACUUCCUUUGGACUUCCUUCAAGCCGGUCAAGUCAUCACAUGAGUUGACCUUCAGGCAAACUGGUCUUAUUCUGUUCCCCCUCUUUCUUCUCUUUGUUUUCCCCCAGGGAUCAGUCAGAGCCGGAUCUCACACUGGCUCCUGCAGCAGGGAUCAGACCUUAGCGAGCAGAAGAAACGAGCCUUCUUCCGCUGGUAUCAGCUGGAGAAAACCAGCCCAGGUAACAUAAGGCCUACAUCUCCCCCAGGACUACCUGUACUCGUACUUCUUUCAAUACUUAUUCAAUAAAUCAGGUCAUAUUUUCUCUAACAAGUCAACUGCACUGAUUUCAUAUGGAGUUUGUACAGGACCUGCCAAAAGAAGUCAAACAGACCCUGAAGUUUUUUUUGUUGUUGUUGUCGUAAUCAACUUUUUAUUAGUUUGGAACAAGAAUAACACAAAUACACACAGAAAACCCGGCCCUCCACAGUAUCCCAAUCAAUGCUCUCUGUUCCUGGAUUUACUGUACAUCCACCUCCCAUGAUCUGUUAUACGGGUGAUUCUGCAGGAGUGUGUAACAAAAGAUUGUUAUAUAUAUUGGAGGCUGUUUUCUUUAGGGGAGUUUUCUCCACCAGUGAUAUCAAAGGGUGAGUCCUCAAUUCAGCCCCUAGAGGAACCUUGAGUGAAUUUAGUGCUGACCUUACUCUAAAAUAGAAGAACUGUGAGUUUCCUCGAUACUAAAAUGGGACAUUAGAUCAGGAAAGUCUAAAAUUGAGUUUUAGCCCGAGAUACUCCCCAAUAUCCAAAUUUUGUGUUGAGCCCAUAGUUGUGAAAUGAAUGUUUCAUCAUCUGUCAAUAAAUUGACAUUAUGGCAAAUAGGUUAAUAAAUAGGUGAAUAGGUGUUUGUGCCAUUUAGAUUCAUAUGAUACUAUUGGACCGAAUUGAAAAUAACAUUGCUCAUGUUUGAGUCCAGAAAAAGCUACAUCUUGAACCCUCUGUCCUAGCAUCCUCCAGGGUGAAACUACUUCUGCAUCAAACCAUUGUUUCAUGGGACACAGCACAAACGUCAUUCAUUUAACUUAAAGAGUUUGGACAAGCUCAUCCACCCUGGGGUUCGUCCCAUUGUAAUGUUAACCAUUUGAUUCGAGGUUCCUUUCCACUUUUGAAGCUUUGAGCCGAGUUUCUUCCAAAACCCUGCUGGGGUUGGAAAAGGGAGCAUCAAGUUACAAAGCUUAUGUGUGGAAGCACACUCAUGUUGACUGCAGCUACACAGGCAGGCUUUGAGGAGGAGAGUGCUGCUCAUCUCUCAAGGUCAUCCAUAACUUUCUUCAAAAUGGACUAGUAAUUAUUUCUCUCUAUUGCCUGGAUACAGGGACUGAUUUCUUUUCCUAAAUAUCCUGCCCUUUGCGUCAUCGGUAUGUGGGAUUGGAUGUUCACUGCAGACCCUGAAGUUAAAAACAAUCAACAACAUAUCCCGCUAUGGAGGGCAUCUCAAAAUAUUGGGUCGGCACUCAGCAGUGUAAAUCAGGGAUUGUGAUGUGUGUUUAGAAUUGUUUCAAGGUAAGUACAUAGACUCUCUGUCUGUAUUGAGGUUUUAUUUUCUGGCAUUUCACCUUUAUUGAUAGAGGACAGAAUAGGAAACUGGAGGGAGAGAGCAGGUAGUGACAUGUGGGAGCAACAGGCUGGAAGCAAACCCAGGCUGGCUCGGGGCAGCCGAGGUGUACAAGCAGAUUGCCAGGCAAGUGGCGCAUCUUCCCUGUGGUAUUACUGAGGAGACGACAAAAUUUCUGUGUGCACUAAGGAGUCCUCAUCCAGGAAAUGAGUGCCAAAUACGUGAAUGUCUGUAUUCUGGCAGACUUCCUCAUGAAUGCUCCUAUGAUGAAGAGGGUUUUAAACCUACCUGGUAAAUUUGGGAGCUAUGAAGCAACACACAUCAAUAUCAGGUAUUCAUUACAAUCGUGUUAGGAGCACAGAUCUCCUCCUUGAUGGUCUGACAUGUUAAACAACACCUGCCUUCACGUCUGUCAGUUCAUCCUUUCUUAUGUUUUGUGAUGUUGGUUUCAAUCAGAGUUUAAGUGAUAAAAACAAAGCCAUGGUCAUGCGUUAGCACCAUGGGAAGUCCCUGGUUUCAGAAAUACAGACCCUGAGCUGUGCUCCUGUAACUUGAUAGACUCCAUUAUCUUAAGUUUAGACCUUCAUAGAGGAAUGUACAGUAUGAAACAAUCAGUACAGUCUAGUCAAAUUUAGCUUGUUUUGGACCUUGAGGGAAAAGAAAGAGCCUUUGAUCAGAGUCUUUUGACUUUCAUUUGUUGGCUCAAUGCUUUGACACCAUUGGAAAUCAGUCAGUAGAGUUUCAAGAUGCCUCUACAGAAUGAGGGUCAACUGUGGUCGAAACGAAUAGGGAACAGGGUAAAUGGACAGUGUACUCUGAUUUCACAUUAGUCAAACCCUGAACUGCAGUUUUAAUAAAACAUGUUUACACUUUUGGGCUUCUGUGACUUCAGGUGCCACUCUGGCCAUGAGAGCUGCUCCGCUGGCUCUUGAUGACAUGAUAGAUUGGCAUCAAGCCCCACCCACAUUUGGCCCCGCCCCUGGAGGCUUCCGUCUACGGAGAGGGAGCCGAUUCACCUGGAGGAAAGAGUGUCUGGCUGUGAUGGAAAGGUGAGGAGCACCUUGUCAGCUGUGAGUGGGCUGAGGUGGUGGUGAGGAUUACCUUAGUGGUAAAAAAAGUAAAAUGUUGAAUAUAUGCCCUUGUGUUUCCACACAGCUUCUUCAGUGAUAACCAGUACCCUGACGAGGCUAAGAGGGAGGAGAUCGCCAAUGCCUGCAACGCUGUGAUUCAGAAACCAGGUAGAUCAGAUCAGAAGUUCAUGGUGAUCCACAGUAGCUUUAAUUACAGUGGUUGUUUAUAAGUUUACUCUAGCUCGGUCUAUGUAAAAGUUCUGCUGCUUUUAUCGACUCUCCAAAUUACAAAGACGGCUUUUGGCUCUAAUGUAGGCAGAGUAUUUUUGAAGAAGCAGGCUUUCUUGUCCAGCUCAAAGGCACACACAGCAGAUGUUCAAUGGUGUCUUUGAUUACAGGUUAAUGCAAAGUAGUUAUACAGUUUAACUGGAAAUGUCUAAAAAUGUUUAACUGAAUUAAGUGAAAACCAAAGGGGAUUUCAUGCUGCAUAUAGGGAAAAUACUGUUGUGCAUUCACAUCGGAUCAGUGAUACACGAGACCUCGUGAUUUGGAAAUAUCUGCUCUGUGUUUGUGUGUUUGUGUCUGUGUGCCACAUUCACAUGACUUCACUGUGUUUUACUCGAGUUAAGGACAAUAUGCCCCAAACAUGAACUCAAAGCUCUGUGUGAAAUGUGUAUCUAAUAUUACUUUGGAAAAGCCAUUGCAUGAUGAUUGUUGUGGGUGUCAGAGUGUUUAAAAAGUUCAUAUCCUGCUGCCUGGCAUUUCAACCACAAAUAAAUUCACACUUUACUACCUAGAUGUUGGCCUGGCUGGGCCAUCCAGUUGCGUGAAUCACUUGCCGUUCCUUCCCACGACAGUCUGGACUUCGACCAACUGGGAGCGUCUAUUAGAAAUCAGAAAAUAACCGGGCCAAUUAGUGACUGUCUCCACUGUUCCCCGGACAACAGUGAAAGGCAGCCCCUGAUUUGUCCAUGUGUAGAUGGUGAUGUCUAACACAUGCUGCGGGACUUUCAAAGCGUCGUUCAUUCAGAACGACGUAAAUUCUGCAGAAAGUUGGCAGAAGUCGUUUAUAUCCGCAGAAGAAGACGUAAAAGACAUUGUUUGCUCGCACACGUUGAAAUAUUACCAAACCUUUACUUGAUGCUUGAGAGCCCAGCAGGGAACACAGUUGCGCACUGUGAUGACGUCAGAUGUUUGGUUACGGUGAUUGGUUACAGUAGUCUGUCUAUCAAGGAAAGUACUCCCGCCCACUUUUAGGGCUCCCAAUUGGCCGAAGUCCAGACUGUUGUGGGAAAGAACGGCAAGUGAUUCACACAGCUGGAUGGCCCAGCCAGGCUACCUAGAUGUGAAGAAACACAAAUGGCAUGUUAUAAAAUGGUUCAGUUGUGUUUUGAUCCAAAAGAAGAUAAGUUGCAGUCAAACACACCAUAACACCGAGUCUACCGUUAACACCUUUAGACACCCCCUCGAGAGAUGAAUGUUGCCCACUGCUUGCUUCUCCAGUUACACCAACUUUAGAUAGCAAUACACAGCGGUCUACGUCUCCACAUGCGAACCUCAACCAAAACACCACUCUAUAGCCACAAAUAAUGCUCAGAACAGCACCUAACUUUAUCAACAGUACAUGUAGGGUCCCAACCAUACUACUGGCCAUCAAUCAUCUUUUUAGCUUUGCCUGGUGUCUUUAGCAAAGAGACCAAACACAACUCACUCACCCACGCAGCUGCUUGUUUGAGGGGGAGCCCUGACGAGUCGAUCACUGAGUGCAGCAGAGUUUUGCAGCUCAAGGAAGAACAUUUAUGAUUAUUACCUCAUGGAAAUGCAAUCAGACCUGGAUGCUACGGCUGAAGAACUACCGCAUCUGCAGUGCAAAGUGAUUGAUAUGAUGACUAUUACUUUAUAAAAAUGAUUUGCUGCACUCAGUGAUCAACUUGUCAGGGCUCCCCUACAAACAAGCAGCUGCUGGAAGAAAGUGAGUGUUGUGUUUGGUCUCUUUGCUAAAGAAAAUCAGGCAAAGCUAAAAAGAUGUUUGAUGGCUAGUACUUUGGCUGGGACCUUACAUCUACUGCCGAUGAAGUUAGGUGCUGUUCUGAGCAUUAUUUGUGUCUAUAAAUUGGUGUUUUGGUUGAGGUUUGCAUGUGGAGACGUAGACUAUUGUGUAUUGCUAUUGUGCGGUCAUUACUAAAGUUGGUAUAACUAGAGAACGACGCAGUCUACAACAUUCAUCUUGAGGGGGUGUCUAACUCGUUGUUACGGUGUGUUUAACCCUAACUUAAUUUUACGCUGGAAUAUUCCUUUAAUCUGCAAGGUGAACUAAGGCUCUGCUAAUGCUAGCCACACACAGUCCAGUUGGACACUCUUCACCUGCACUUUUCUUGUUGGUUACCCUGUUGUAACAAGAAGGUGGCUGUAAAAAAAGGGCCUACAUAAGACAGUGUUACUAAAAAAGAGAAGUGGUACAGAUAGAAAAAGCUGAGAGGAGGGCAAUAGUAAAAAUAAUAAGUAUGAUCAUAAAUAUAUAAUGACAUUAUUUCCUCAAGGAAAUAUUUAGGUCAAGUUUCUCUCUGUAUUAUCUGUAAUUUUUGUAAUUUAUGCUAGAUUUUUUUCAUAUUUUUGUUGUAAUUUUGUUGGCUGCUGAUGGAUACUUCUGCUGGGCGAAGAGUUUACUCAAGAGAAGAGCUCCUUUCAUUGAGGAAAAGCAAAUCUGGGCAACAACAUACAAUUUCAGAGGACAUCAAGAGGUUUUAUCGUGGUUGUUGCGCUGGUGCAAAGGUGAAGGCAAAGCUGAAUGCUAGGAGGUGGCGAUAUAAACCCUUUCUUCCAUCAGUCAUCAUGGGAAACGUCAACUCUCUGCCCAACAAAAGCAAUGAGCUGGAGAUAUUGGUGAAGACUGAGAAAGCAUACCGUGAGUGCAGUUUCCUGUGUUUUACUGAAACCUGGUUGAAUCAAAACAACUCGGACUCCAGUGUGGAUCUACCUGGCUUCACUCAUAAGGUCAGACAGAGAUGCUAAAGCUAGUGGCAAGAAGAAAGGAGGAGGUCUGGCUUUAUUUGUCAACCAGAGAUGGUGUAACCCUUCACACAUAACUGUCAAGGAGAAGUUGUGUUGUCCAGAUAUUGAACUGUUGGCAGUUGCUCUUCGGCCAUAUUAUGUUCAAAGAGAAUUCAGUCAUAUCAUCACAGUAGUUGUUUACAUUCCACCCAAAUCAACUGAGGAAUGUUGCAAUGUUUUGCAAAAAAGUGUUGCCAGGCUACAGACUCAACACCCUGAGGCACUAAUAAUAAUAUUAUGAAGAGACUUCAACCAUGUCACCCUCUCCUCUCACCUGACUGGAUUCACACAGUUUGUGAACUGUCCUGCCAGAGAAAACAAAACCCUGGAUCUGCUGUAUGCCAACGUUAAAGAAGCCUACAGAGCCACUGCCUUACCACCACUGGGCAAGUCAGAUCAUAACUUGGUCUAUCUGCAAACCUGUUACAGACCUUGUGUACUGAGGCAGCCUGUGACCAAAGUCAAAAUAGGAAGAUGGACACCUCAAACCAGUGAAGCUCUAAGGGACUGUUUUAAAUCAACAGACUGGAAUGUGCUGCUGGAAACAGAUGUGGAUAGUAUGAACAUUGACAAACAGGUUGACUGCUUUAUUGAAUAUGUCAAUUUCAAGACUGUUCGCUGUUUCCCCAACAACAAACCCUGGAUCACAAGUGACAUAAAAGCAAUCCUUAACCAGAAAAAGAAAGCUUUUAAAGAUGGUGACAGAGAACGACUCAAACAAGUGCAACAAGAGUUGAAGAGGAGACUGAAGAUGGCAAAGCUGGAGUACAAAAAGAAGAUAGAGAAUAAUCUACAUCACAGCAACAUCCGUGAAGUGUGGAGAAAAAUCAGUACCAUCUCUGGACACAGCAGUAAAAAGAAAAGACAGCCAGUGGUGGGUGAUCUGGAAAGAGCUGAUGAACUCAACCUAUUCUUCAACAGAUUUGACACUGAUGUCACUCCCACUUCCACUGCUACUCCACCUUCCUCUCCACAACAAAUCUCCACUACAACUUCUCCCCUUCCUCCUCCAUCUUGUUCAAAUGUCUCAACCACUUCAACUGCCUCCCUCCUAGAACACCAGUCCUUGUCUGUCACCAAAACAGGGGUGAGGAUGGAGCUUGGAAGACUUUGUCCUGGGAAGGCAGCUGGUCCAGAUGGUGUGUGUCCAAGGCUGCUCAGAGACUGUGUCAACCUCUCCACAAGAUCUUCAACUUGAGUCUACAGCUGUGGCGGGUCCUGCAUUGUGCCAGUACCAAAGACUCCCACCCUGCAGGACGGAGCGCUACCGCAGAUCAUUCCUCCCCUCUGCAAUAAGACUUUACAAUGAACAGUAAUAAAACUGGAUUUUUCUAUUCUAUUCUAAACAAAAUGUCCUGCUGAACUCAAUGACUACAGACCAGUGGCCCUCACUUCACACAUCAUGAAAACCUUGGAGCGGCUGAUUCUAUGCCUUCUGAGGUCUGAGGUCAAAGACAAACUGGAUUCCCUGCAGUUUGCAUACAAAGAACACAUUGGAGUGGAUGAUGCUGUCCUCUACAUGCUUCACCGUGCCCUGUCUCAUCUAGAGGAGCCUGGGGUUUAUGUGAGGAUCAUGUUCUUUUCAAGUGCAUUCAACACCAUCCAACCCACCAUACUCAAAGACAAGCUCACAGAGAUGGGAGUGGACCCUUCCUGUGUUUCCUGGAUCACAUAUUACCUGACAGGAAGACCACAGUUUGUCAGGCUGGGGAACUGUGUUUCUGGGACAUUAAUGAGCAGUACAGGGGCUCCACAAGGGACAGUGCUGGGGCCAUUCCUGUUCACACUGUACACGUCAGACUUCAAAUACAGUACUGAGUCCUGCCACAUCCAGAAAUACUAGGAUGACACUGCUAUUGUGACAUGUAUCAGAAAUGGACAAGAAGCUGAAUACAGAUUUCUGAUAAAAGCCUUCAGUGACUGGAGUCUCAAAAACUGCCUCCUCCUCAACACCUCAAAGACAAAGGAGAUGGUCAUAGACUUCCGUAGAUCCAAACCCCCUCUUCAGCCAGUGAACACCUGUGGAGUGGACAUCGAAGUGGUGACAUCAUAUAAAUACCUAGGUGUACAUCUGAAUAAUAAGUUGGAUUGGUCUAAGAAUAUAGACUACAUCUACAUCUACAUCUUUGCCUGAGAAGAGUCCGAUCAAUAGACAUCUGUAGUAAGAUGCUACAGAUGUUUUAUCAGUCUGUUGUGUCUACAGUGUUCUGUUCUAUGCUGCAGUCUGCUGGGGAGGAAGCAUCAAACACAAAGAUGCAAGACGUCUAAAUAAACUGGUGAAAAAGGCUGGCUCUGUGGUAGGACUCAAGCUGGGCUCAGUGGAGGAUGUGGUGGAGAGAUCUACACUGAGGAAGGUGGAGACUGUUCUAAAGAACAUGAAUCAUCCACUUCACAACACCUUGAUGGACCAAAGGGCCAAUGGUGGUGGACGGCUCCUCUGUCUUCGCUGCAGGACAGAAAGAUUCAGAUCUUUUGUACCAACAGCCAUUAGACUUUAUAACGCUCGUGUAAAUAGUAGAUAACUUUUUUGGAGACAUAUUAUGUGAGACAACAGACAAUUGAAUUUCCCUUCGGGGAAAUUCGAUUAAUUAAGUUCUUCUUCUUCUUAUUAUUAUUAUUCUUGACUGACACGGUCAGAAACCUUUGCUCCCUUCACACCUGCCUGCAAUCACCUGGAGCUCCUGCUUUAUGUAAAUCUUCAGCCAAAGCUCCACUCUGUGUUCACAGUCAGAGUUACAUGUUUUUUUUUUACAUAUUCAUUUUAGUCAUUCUAAUGCCAUGUGGGAUCCCUUUAAAGAAAAUACAGUUUCUUAAUUCCCAUUUUGAGAUUUUGGAUUUGAUCCUUUUCUGUGUGUUACAGGAAAGAAGCUUUCUGACCUGGAGAGGGUUACAUCUCUUAAGGUCUACAACUGGUUUGCCAACCGUCGCAAAGACAUCAAGAGGCGUGCUAACAUUGGUAAUGUCUUCCUCUAGCUGUAGGGUUGUGUGUGCAUUUCUGUUCAAAUAAGUGGGUGUUAUUAGAGUUAUAAAUACAGUGUGAGUGUGUGAGUGUGUGAGUGUGUGAGUGUGUGAGUGUGUGAGUGAGUGUGUGAGUGAGUGUGUGAGUGAGUGAGUGAGUGAGUGAGUGAGUGAGUGGGUAGUGGAAAACUCAAGGAGAAAAUUCAGUGAGGGUGGACCGUGGUCACUAUUAGCACUGAAAAUUGUGCAUCAUUUUCUUAUGCUAACAGCUCUGUCUGAGGGUUUUCUUUAUAAAUGAUACAUUCUUUAUACAUUAUGAUUAAACAUAAUGGAGUAAUGAUACUGAAGACCUGUGCACAUAAAGAUGCUGAGCUGGCUGAGGAAGGGAUUCCUCGAAUCACUUUACUGUGACAUUGAUUGUGAGGUUUGAUACAGAUCAUCUCACUGUUGAUUGUGCUGUAGCUUCCUUCUGGAGUGAUCAGCACACAAAAACAAAAAGACAUGUUGUGACUUGUGAAACAUGUUCACUACCUCUGAACAAAGUGUGGUGGAUUACCACAAUAGCAGACAUGUUAAAGUCAUAUGAAUAGAUUAUAUGUGCAGAUAUUAUAUAAAACUAUCUGUAUAUAUUGAGGUAAUCUAAGAGUUGUUAUGAUCUCUGGAGAGUUUUAGCCUGACAUCGCUCACACAGAUGCAGCACAGUUCAUAUCAGUUAUGUGAUUUUUGUCAGUAACAGAAUGCGGUCCUGUCGCUUUAAAUCCACCCGUCUUACUUUGCAUUCCUGUUUGUCAACUUAUUACCACGCUGCUGUAUGUGUUCGAUAUGCUAUGAUAAGGUUUGUGUUUUUGAAGAAGCAGCCAUCUUGGAGAGUCAUGGCAUCGAGGUUCAGAGUCCUGGAGGUCAAUCCAACAGCGACGAGGUGGAUGGCAACGACUUCCCAGACCAGGUAAACCAGCUGAUGACUGUAAAUGUGCAGGUCCUCUAUAUACAGCAUCUUUAUCGUGCUGCACAAUGAACAACUGGGUCUACCUGAAUGGUUUAGGCACACAAAUGAGUGCAGCAGUAUCUAUAGAGUUGAAUAAAGAAUACAAAAUUACAACAAAAAACAAAAAGAAAGUCCUGCUGUACUUAAACUGUGAAAUAUGUUACUGACCGUGAAUCCGUUUGGCUGAAAUAAUAAAAAAGCAACCCCGAACAGUGAUGCAGUGAUGAUAUUUACUAAGGCAAUCAGCAUCUAAAUCUUUCUCCUCAGAUGCUGAUUAUGAUGUUAAAACUUUCCAAGAAUUUAGAAAGAUGAACAUUUCAGCUCAGAUGAUUGUGACUCUGCUCUUGAUACUUUGAUUUGUCUAACCUGUGCCCACUAACCCACCCUCUGUCACAGGGUUGCGAGGUGUCCUUGUUUGACAAAAGAGCUUCAGCCAGACAGUUUGGUUUCAGCCGAGCUGACCUGUCCUCUCCUACCCAGGUACAGCCGAUUGGACACUUCUGACUUGAUUCAAUCAUUGCAUCAGAAAAAAGCUUGAAGAUGAUUUAAAGGAAUCUUUGCUGUUGUUGGUUUUAAGCAGGGUUGUAUGAGACACUUGUUCAAGAAAUAUUCCGGCUUAAAAUAAGAAUAAGAAUAAGAACUUUAUUGAUCCCCGAAGGGAAAUUCAAUUGUCUGUUGUCUCAUGUAAUAUGUCUAUAAAAGUUAUCUAUUAUUUACAUAAGAGUUAUAGAGCCUGAUGGCUGUUGGUACAAAAGAUCUUCUGAAUCUUUCUGUCCUGCAGCGAAGAGAGAGGAGCCGUCCACCACCAUUGGCCCUUUGGUCCAUCAAGGUGUUGUGAAGUGGGUGAUCAAUGUUCUUUAGAAUAGUCUCCACCUUCCUCAGUGUAGAUCUCUCCACCACAUCCUCCACUGAGCCCAGCUUGAGUCCUACCACUGAGUCCAGCCUUUUUCACCAGUUUGUUAAGAUGUCUUGCAUCUUUGUGUUUGAUGCUUCCUCCCCAGCAGACUGCAGUCAGAACAGAACACUGUAGACACCACAGACUGAUAAAACAUCUGCAGCGUCUUACUACAGAUGUCUAUUGAUCGGAGUCUUCUCAGGCAAAAGAGGCGGCUCUGCCCCUUUCUGUGGAUGUAGUCUAUAUUCUUAGAUCAAUCCAACUUAUAAUCCAGAUGUACACCUAGUUACUUAUAUGAUGUCACCACUUCGAUGUCCACUCCACUGGUGUUCACUGGCUGAAGAGGGGGUUUGGAUCUACGGAAGUCUAUGACCAUCUCCUUUGUCUUUGAGGUGUUGAGGAGGAGGCAGUUUUUGUGACUCCAGUCACUGAAGGCUCUUAUCAGAUCUCUGUAUUCAGCUUCUUGUUCAUUUCUGAUACAUGUCACAAUAGUGAUGUCAUCCGAAUAUUUCUGGAUGUGGCAGGACUCAGUACUGUAUUUGAAGUCUGACGUAUACAGUGUGAACAGGAAUGGCCCCAGCACUGUCCCUUGUGGAGCCCCUGUACUGCUCAUUAAUGUCCUAGAAACACAGUUCCCCAGCCUGACAAACUGUGGCCUUCCUGUCAGGUAAUCUGUGAUCCAGGAAACACAGGAAGGAUCCAUUCCCAUCUCUGUGAGCUUGUCUUUGAGUAUGAUGGGUUGGAUGGUGUUGAAUGCACUUGAAAAGUCGAAGAACAUGAUCCUCACAUAAACCCCAGGUUCCUCCAGAUGAGACAGGGCACGGUGAAGCAUGUAGAGGACAGCAUCAUCCACUCCAAUGUGUUCUUUGUAUGCAAACUGCAGGGAAUCCAGUUUGUUUUUGACCUCAGACCUCAGAAGGUGUAGAAUCAGCUGCUGCAGGGUUUUCAUGAUGUGUGAAGUGAGGGCCACUGGUCUGUAGUCAUUGAGUUCAGCAGGACAUUUUGUUUUUGGUACUGGCACAAUGCAGGAUGUUUUCCACAGAGCAGGUACCCGCCACAGCUGUAGACUCAGGUUGAAGAUCUUGUGGAGAGGUUGACACAGUUCUGCAGCACAGUCUCUAAGAAGCUUUGGACACACACCAUCUGGACCAGCUGCCUUCCCAGGACAAAGUCUUCCAAGCUCCAUCCUCACCCCUGUUUCGGUGACAGACAAGGACUGGUGUUCUGGGAGGGAGGCAGUUGAAGUGGUUGAGAUAUUUGAAUGAGAUGGAAGAGGAAAGGGGGAAGUUGUAGUGGAGAUUUGUUGCGGGGAGGAAGGUGGAGUAGCAGUGGAAGUGGGAGUGACAUCAGUGUCAAAUCUGUUGAAGAACAGGUUGAGUUCAUCAGCUCUUUCCAGAUCACCCACCACUGGCUGUCUUUUCUUUUGUCUGCUGUGUCCAGAGAUGGUACUGAUUCCUCUCCACACUUCACGGAUGUUGCUGUUUUGUAGAUUCUUCUUGAUCUUUUUGUACUCCAGCUUUGCCAUCUUCAGUCUCCUCUUCAACUCUUGUUGCACUUGUUUGAGUCGUUCUCUGUCACCAUCUUUAAAAGCUUUCUUUUUCUGGUCAAGGAUUGCUUUUAUGUCACUUGUGAUCCAGGGUUUGUUGUUGGGGAAACAGCGAACAGUCUUGAAGUUGACAUAUUCAAUAAAGCAGUCAACCUGUUUGUCAAUGUUCAUACUAUCCACAUCUGUUUCCAGCAGCACAUUCCAGUCUUUUGAUUUAGAACAGUCCCUUAGAGCUUCACUGGUUUGAGGUGUCCAUCUUCUUAUUUUGACUUUGGUCACAGGCUGCCUCAGUACACAAGGUCUGUAACAGGUUUGCAGAUAGACCAAGUUAUGAUCUGACUUGCCCAGUGGUGGUAAGGCAGUGGCUCUGUAGGCUUCUUUAACGUUGGCAUACAGCAGAUCCAGGGUUUUGUUUUCUCUGGUAGGACAGUUCACAAACUGUGUGAAUCCAGUCAGGUGAGAGGAGAGGGUGACAUGGUUGAAGUCUCUUCAUAAUAUUAUUAUUAGUGCCUCCGGAUGUUGAGUCUGUAGCCUGGCAACACUAUUUUGCAAAAAUCGCAACAUUCCUCAGUUGAUUUGGGUGGGAUGUAAACAGCUAUUGUUAUUAUGACUGAAUUCUCUUGGAACAUAAUAUGGCCGAAGAGCAACUGCCAACAGUUCAAUAUCUGGACAACACAACUUCUCCUUGACAGUUAUGUGUGAAGGGUUACACCAUCUCUGGUUGACAAAUAAAGCCAGACCUCCUCCUUUCUUCUUGCCACUAGCUUUAGCAUCUCUGUCUGACCUUAUGAGUGAAGCCAGGUAGAUCCACACUGGAGUCCGAGUUGUUUUGAUUUCACCAGGUUUCAGUAAAACACAGGAAACUGCACUCAAGGCAUGCUUUCUCAGUCUUCACCAAUAUCUCCAGCUCAUUGCUUUUGUUGGGCAGAGAGUUGACGUUUCCCAUGAUGACUGAUGGAAGAAAGGGUUUAUAUCGCCACCUCCUAGCAUUCAGCUUUGCCUUCACCUUUGCACCAGCGCAACAACCACGAUAACACCUCCUGAUGUCCUCUGGAAUUGUGUGUUGUUCCCAAGAUUUGCUUUUCCUCAAUAAAAGGAGCUCUUCUCUUGAGUAAACUCUUCUCCCAGCAGAAGUAUCCAUCAGCAGCCAACAAAAUGACAACAAAGAUAUGAAAAAAAAAUCUAGCAUAAAUUACAGAUAAUACAGAGAGACCAGACUUGCAGUAACCUCUUGGUUUAAGCGCAUCAUUUUUGCAGCUCAAGUAAGAACAUUUAUGAUCAUUUCUUCAUAGAAAUGCAAUCAUACUGAGACGCUGAGGGUUAAGGGUCAAACACACUGUGACACCGAGUUAGACACCCUCUUGAGAGAUGAAUUUUGCCGACCGCUUGCUUCUCUCGUUAUACUAACUUAAGUAACGGCCGCAGGAUAGCAAUACACAGCGGUCUAUGGAUCCACUCGCAGACCUCAACCAAAAAGCCACUCUGUAGCCACAAAUAAUGCUCAGAACGGCACCUAACUUCAUCAACAGUACAAAUAGGGUCCCAGCCAAAGUACUAGCCACCAAACAUCUUUUCAGCUUUGCCUUAUUUCUUUAGCAAAGAGACCUAGCACAACUCACCCACUCUCCUCCAGCAGCCACUUGCUUGUGGUGGAGCCCUGACGAGUCGAUCACAGAGUGCAGCAGAUCAUUUCCAUGAAGUAAUAAUCAUCUUAUCAAUUAUUUUACACUGCAGACGCAGAAGUUCUCCUGCGUUAGCGUCUCAGUCUUAUUGCAUUUCUAUGAAGAAAUGAUCAUAAAUGUUCUUCCUUGAGCUGCAAAACUCUACUGCACUUGGUGAUCGACUCAUCAGGGCUCCCCCACAAACAAACAGCUGCUAGAAGAGAGUGGGUGAGUUGUGUUUGGUCUCUUUACUUUGUGUUAUGGUGUGUUUGACCAUAACUUAAUUUUAUGCCGGAAUAUCCCUUAAAUAGUAAGUGUAUUACCACAGGGGAUCCUGGUCAGCUCAGCCUUUUUAUUGAGGAACCAGACAUAAAAUUGAACAUAAGAUAGUUAUGAACCCUUACAUAAAGGUCUGAUUUUACCAUGCAUCAUAGCUGAUUUUAAGAAGGUCUGACCCAAACACCAUUGAGAGAGCAUUUUAGACAAAAAAUGCUGAACACUAUCUGCCUGAGGUUUUCAGCUCAAUCUUCCCCUUCAGCAGCUAACAAGGUGUACUCUGAUAAGAUAAACACAUUAUGCAGACUGUGAGCUUGGAUGUUAAACAGCAUGGAAACAGGGAGAGUCAUUAACUUUCUUUUAAGAUGCACUUCUGUUCAGUUUUCCUGGGUUUCUGAUUUAACCUCUGUAGUUGUAGAAAGUUUGGGUGUACACCUCACAUACACAGAGGUUAUGUCUGGAGGAUAAUGCUUCCAGCCUGUGGCUUCCUUGCUACGUGUCAGUCCCUGCUCUCACCUCAUUUCUUACUCCGUUUACUGUUCUUCAAAUAAAGGCAAAAAGCCUUGAACAAAAUUAUUACAACAAAAGAAAAUUUUAGAAAGCCAACUAAAACCAACUGGACUGUGUAGAGUUGAGAAGAUGUUUCGCCUCUUAUCCAAGAAGCUUCUUCAGUUCUAAAUUGCUAGUGUGAGGAGCAGAUAUUUAUCUCACUGGAGAAGGGGACAGACCCAUCAAGGGUGUAGACCCAUCAUCAGCAGCAUUAACUCAGUCACAUACAAAGUGGCAAAACAUUUGGCCACCAUCCUAGCUCCUCUUGUCGGCCACACCCCUCACCACGUCAGAAACUCACAGGACUUUGCCGAGAAAAUCAAAGACAUCAGGCUGGACCCAGAUGAAACCAUGGUUUCCUACGAUGUCGCAUCACUUUUCACGAGUAUUCCGACAACAGAGGCAGUCCAAGCAGUAAGACAACGCUUCUUACAGGACAGCACACUGGAAGUCAGAACCAACUUAACCCCCGACCACAUCUGCUCCUUAUUGGACAUCUGCCUCAGCACCACCUAUUUCCAGUUCAGAGAGCGCCAUUACAGACAGAAACACGGAUGCGCUGUGGGCUCCCCGGUUUCUCGAAACCUGUACAUGGAAGAGGUAUAGAGGAAGGCCCUAACCUCCUUCAAAGGAGCAGCACCUAGCCGCUGGUUCAGAUAUGUGGAUGACACCUGGGUUAAGAUCAAAACACAUGAAGUAGAGGCCUUCACUGACCAUAUCAACACAGUGGACAGCAACAUCAAGUUCACCCGUGAAGAUGUCAAGGACAAAGUGUUGGCCUUUUUGGACUGUGCUGUACACUUGGAGGCAGAUGGGUGGCUCAACGUUGAAGUGUACAGGAAACCCACACACACGGAUCAAUAUCUACUUUUUGAUUCCCACCAUCCUCUACAGCACAAACUGGGUGUCAUCAGAACACUCAACCGCCAGGCUGAGAACAUUCCCACACCCGGAGAUGAAUUUCUACGACCCAUUCUUUCCAACCCCUCCCAGUUGUUGUCUGUCCCCUUCUCCAGUAAGAUAAAUAUGUGCUCCUCACACUAGCAAUUUAGAAUUGAAGAAGCUUCUUGGAUAAGAGGCGAAACGUCUUCUCAACUCUACACAGUCCAGUUGCCUGUUUUUCAAGUCUUCAAGAUAACCAUGACCUGGAUGAAUGAGAAUUUACACGGACAAGCCAACUAAAACAGCAUCAUUCAGUGAGGCAGGAACUGUGGUUGAUGAUUCGUAAUGCAGACUGCAGCUGUUUGUAUUCUCUGGUCCAGAGAAGUCCUAAAACACAUUUGUUACCUACUAAGUCCUACUUACAGAAGAAACAGUUCUCUCACUGUCAGGAUCUCAGCUCACAGCUCCAGUCCUUUCUUUGCUUUAGUUCAUCAGGGUCCACAUGAAGUAAUGUAUGGUCCUCACUGUCAGAAUCAUUCCUUUUAGUUUGGCUUUAGUUUAGUCUUUUUAGAGAUCCCUGACCCCAACAGCUGAUCAGUGUACAGCAGACGAGGAACACACAUAGUAGGGGAGAGUGGGGUAAGAUGUGCCAUUUUUCAUAUUUGGGAUCACUACAUCAAUGCAAUCAUACUUUUGUCUGUGAUUGCCUUGAUGUAGUGAUCCGAUUUGUCUAUCUGCAUAUAUAUCAGGAUGUUGUGCAUCCCUGCAAACCAACAGAAUUAGUGUAAAAAUAACUGUCUUGAUAUUAUAGCAUGCAAAAAAAAAGGGGUCUCCUAUGGUCAACUUACCCUGUGUAUGGGGUAAGAGUUAGCCUCGUCUGCAGUGGUUGAUAGCUUCUUUGCUGCCUUACUGUCUAGUUUCUUGAUUGAGAGACUGAGCUGAUUGGUGCCCUCUGGGGGUAAUAAUAGUAGUAUGAUAAUAAUAAUGAUAAUACAUUUUAUUUGUUGUGCCCUUUACAUCCAAAGACCUCAAAAGGCUACAUGUCAAAAGCAAAGAAAUAUCACAAUACAUGUCCACUUGAUAAGUACCAUGAAUAACUCCAAUUCCAAAAAAAACAAAACAAAAAAAAACCUUGAACUGUCCCUUUUAAAGAGAAGAGAAAUAAAUCUGAAGUUCAAAAACUGCUCCUGACAGUCCCUGUCAUUUCUCACUCAGGUUCCCACUCUGCUCCCCAGCUGGUUCUCUGCUCUGAGUAGAGGGGCCUUGUCAGGACAGAGAGGUGCCUCUCUGAUUGGUCGCUCCCUUGUCUCAGGGGCGGGCCCCCAGGCGGAGGGAUCUAGAUUGACAGGUGUGUCCUGGUCUCCUCCCUCACUUGCCCUCCAGGAGGAACCCACCAUCCACAGCGAGCUGUCCGAGUCCCAGGACCCAAUCAGUGUGGAGAAGGCUGCUUCCAAUCAGGUAGAGGGAGCAAGGUGCAGCAUGGGAAAUGACAUCAAGACGGAGACGCUGGAGGACGACUAA